AUGGGAAAUGGUGACAGAAACUCUGUGGUGAAGCAUGUUGUUUAUGGACUGCUGACAAGAUAUGUGCGUUUCCUGCCACAAACUUACAAGGGUUUGGUGUGUCUGAGAACAGAAGUGUUUGGAGUGAAACAAAAGCCAGGUAUAUGUCAGGCAUGAUAAUAUUACAUAACCAAAGGAGGUUCAAUAUAUACAUUUAUCAUAUUGCUGGCAGUGCAUGUGGGCAAUAUGAAGCAAAUCCUGUGUUCUGAUUGGCUAUCUGAGCUCAUCUUGCUUGCUCAAGAUUGCCCUCUUUGAUCCUGUGUAAGAAAAAGUGGACUUACAAAGUUAGUAACUUUUGCAUAAUGUGAUAAAGUUGCAAAAAGAGGCAGAACAUAGUCAAAACAGAAAAAACAUAAGCAACAUUUUUGGGUUUAUUAUGCUACAAACACGGUUAGCUUCCUUCCCUGGCUCUUGAAAUUAACAAGUUAUUCUUGAUUCUUAUGAAAGCAAAAUGUUUAGCUAUAUAAUAAAUCCCUUAUUGACCAAACUUGUUUAGGUAAGAUGGCUGGUUAUUGACUUGGUUACUUUUUCUAUUUUUGUGGACCUUGACUUUGUCUCUGUCAACAAAAUUAUGGAAAAAAGAACUUGGUUGGUAUACAGCCAUCUUGACCUCACACUUGGUCAAUAACCCAUUUAUAUAUGUAGAUUUUAUAUUCUGGUAUUCUUUGAUACUUUUAGAAAAGAUUUGCUUGCUUAGCAAGUCCAUUGUUCAAAACUAAGUUUCUUUGAGAUUAUCUUUGUGGAAGGUUUUGUCAGUGCUAAGUGAAAUAUAGACAAACAAAGGCUUGACAAAUUGUAGUAUGUUGCAAUUGUUAAAUCAACUGAAUAACUAGGCAAAAGGUAGUCAUUUUAUAACAGAAGUGAGGAAGUGAUAGAAAUAGCUUUAAUCUGAAAUGGGUAAUUCAUAAGCUAUUGCAGGGUUGAACUAUAACAUGAAACUAAUUGGCACAAAUAUCUCCUAGAUGACACUAUUUGGUUCAGAGAAGUGUUGGUACAGUACAACUACACAUAACAAAAAAAAAGGAAUGGAAGGAAAGCGAGGAAUUUGGGAAAAAAAAACUGCAUAACUCUUUUUCUUUUGUUUUAUAAUAUCUUGAGUGGAACCACUCUGUUGCAAUAGUAAGUUUUUCCUGGCCCAUGUGGUAAGAUUUUCUUCAAUAUCUGUUCACAGAGAACCUUGCCCUAGGGAAGGCUACAACUCAGUCUUCAACAUUCAACAUUACUGCUGACAAUGUUUAUGGUGUGUCUGGAAAUGCAGUGGAUGGAAAUCCUGACACUAACUUUUUAAAAGGGAGCUGUUCACAUACUCAGAAUAAUAACCCCAGUUGGUGGAGAGUGGACCUGGGUUCAGACCAUGUUGAUGUCUCUGAAGUUCAUAUAGUCAACAGGUUCUCACAGCAUGUGGUUACUGAAGACUACAAAAUAACAUUUGGUGAGUUUUGUUAUCCUUUGAUCAAAUGUAAGGUCAACCAUGCAUACAUCACGUUAUAAUCAACUGCUAAACAACAGGCCAGUUUGGAUGUUACAGGAAUUUUUGAAACCUCAGCUAAGCUGUUUUGACCUUGUUAUUAAUCAACCUAGAUGUUUUUUACUUGUCAUUGCUCAGUCAAUACAGGGCCUCAGUUUAAGAUUUUCUAGCAAGGAUCUUACCUGUGGUUUCUUGUAGAGUUCAGUUAGUACAUGUAAAUGGGACCAGAGUACUAGAAGCAGGAUACUCAAGUGUCAUCAUUUGUCUACACUGUACCUUCACAUGGGACACUAAGUUUACCUUCAGUAAUAACUUUUUUACCUGGCCACUCUGUUAAGGCUAUUAUGGCAUGUACAAAAUUAAUGUGAUUAAAUCCUUGUUUUGGUAGUUUUAAUUUCUUUUUAAUAUGCCAAAUAACAUUUCCAGGAUGUUUACUUUGCUAAAGAAUCUAUUACAAAUUGAUCAUGUUUGCCACAUGGAACCAAACUCUACUAGUAAUUCUGACUUUCAGUGCCUCAUAAUCUGCAGGUAGCUUUGAUGAUGUGUCACUUAACUCCCCCUGUGGAGGACUCUAUGAUUUUCAGAACUUCACUGCAUCAGCUGUUUGUUUUACCAAUCCACUGAAAACUGGUAGAUAUGUAGGGGUUUUAACCACAAAGAAACAAAGUCUUGAGCUGUGUGAGGUAGAAGUCUAUUCACGAGGUAACUUUUCACUUACUCUUUCUACUAAACUUAAUGUAGUAGUGAAGUCACUUUUCCUCUUUUAAAAAUUGACUCAUCCAAGACUUUCUUAUGUAUCUCAAAACAUAUAUGCAUUCAUUUAGGUUGAGUAUACUUAUGUUUGCAUGUUUAAUGUACAAACUGUAUUUACCAUUAUGAUAAUUACUACAGCCAAAAGUCACAUUGAAUUUUAAGUUGCACAAAAGCCUUGAAAAGUACACCUGAUUUUAUAAUUAUAUUGAUAAACAUUUGAAUGUAAUCAAAAGUAGAUAAUUCAACAAGUGCCCUUGGAAUAUGUUCUUGUCAAGUGGAUAAAUCGAGACUAUUGUUUAAUCUCACAGAAACCCUUUAACCAUAAAGAUCUUAGAAAAGUUUUGUUGGGAAUUAUUUUAUAGUCAUGCUUGUAAGAAUUGUCUUUUGAUAAGUAAUUUAAAUAUAGGUUUAUUUGCUAUUUGAAUAUAUGUAUAUUACAACACUUUUUCCUUUCUUGAUAUUUGGGUCUUAAAACUUACCUUUGGUCUGUUGCCUUAAUAUUAAGUGUCUAAGAAUGGUACAAUUUAUCUCUGAGUAUGUCAGCAAUUUUAAAUCUUCAAUUGUACAAUCAAUCAAGCAAUAUAAGUAUGUCUCUCUAUUAAUUUACCUGUUAAGGAUGACCAGUAGAAUUUAUAUAGUAGUAUAUUGUAGCUUAAGAGUGGAGUAAAAUGCCAUAAUUACAAUGGAGGUAUAUCUUUUAUUUCAAAAUUUACACAUACACUUGUACAUGAUUUUUUUCUUAUAUCAAAGUUAUUACAGUUUGGUGUCCUUUGCUUUCCAGCUUAUUGGCAAAGGCUGGUACAUCUGUAGGCUGCCCAAAAUGUAAUAUCUACCAUCAACCAGUUUUUUAAAAAUACCCUUUGUUUUAAUUUUUCUAUGUAAUGUACAGUGUAACAAACAUAUUCAAUACAACUCCAUGCAACUGUCAUUCUAUGGUCAGUAUGUGGACAGCGAUCAUCUUUGUCUAAGGAAACUUUUCUUUUUUGUGUGUGUGUACAUUUUCUCCUAGAAAAUCUGGCAUUUCGAAAACCAACAUAUCAGCAGACAAAGACAUUAGUAAAUGGCACAAGUGAUAGAGCGGUUGAUGGAAAUAGCAAUAUGGACUUUUGGGGUGGAUCAUGUUCAUUUGUGCAAAAGAAUCCAUUUCCAUGGUGGAGAGUGGAUCUAGGACAAGAUGAGAUUGUGACUGAAGUGUAUGUGGUCGGUUUACUUGAUGUAAAUCGUCUGAGAAAAUUUGAGAUCAGAGUUGGUAGGUUAAUACUCUUACAGUAAUGGUUAUUUUUGAAGUGGUCAAUGCACUCUUAGCUUAAUGUCCUCAAGAAAAGAGGGGAAAAUGGUUUGCUGUGGUUUCCGGCUUUGACAAAAGCUGGAUUGGACUAGGUUGGAUCAUGGUCAGGAUCAGGGAUCAGAUCAUGGGUUGCAUCACAGACCAAACAAAAAAGGUUUAAAAAAAUUUAAAAAAAAAAAAAAAAAAAAAAAAAAAAAAAAAAAUAUAUAUAUAUAUAGAGUCUAUCUUAGCAUAAAGUGCUCAAUGCUGUGGUAGCAGAGCUAAGUAUACAUAAGUUAAAGAAUUAAAGAGGAUGCGUCAAUUCUCUGUCUGAAUCAAUGCGUCCUCUUUAAUUCUUUAACUUGUGUAUAUAUAUAUGUAUACACAUUAUAUUAUAUAUAUAUAUAUAUAACUGUUUUUAAAAUAAUAAUAAAUAAAAAUAAGAUUGAAAAACUAAAACAUGUUAAUUUAUAUUAGAAAUGUUGCAUGACAAGCCAAAAUGAAAUCUGUGUGACGUAAAAAAACUGCUUUACAUAAAUUGCACAAAAGUCAUGCAUUUCAGCUGUCAUAUUUAAACCAUUCUUACUCCUCACCAAGCCUCUUCUUUUGCAUGUGGUUAGUAAUAUUGAAUGUGAGGUGAUAUGAAAAAAAGUUAGUUAAAUGCAAGAAGAUUUCAUUUUCAAUGUGAUUUACAAAAUAUGGUAAAACACUUCUCCAGGAAAUCAAAGUGCUCAUUUAUGCUUUGGUCAUGGUGAUAUAAACAAGUGCUAAUAAACUUAGCAGCAUAUGAUUUCAUUUUGCUCUGCAGUUUUUUUAAUUCCCUGUGUUUUCAAUACAUUCUCAGAAAUAAUAGAUUGAGAAAUUUCUAUCUGUUUGAAUGUUACUUCUUUGAGUAGAAAUGAUGAAAAAUCUGACUUUUGCCCAUGCAAAUGGAGAGUAGACUCAUACACAUAUAAAUACGGUAAUAACUGACUGAUGAAGUGAUUCGUACCUCUUACAUGCCUUAAUGUCCAUGAUGGCACUACACAAAACUCCUUGACAAAGCUGUGAAAGUGACUACACAGAGUUUUGGGGCAAAAAGGCUUCCAGUGGGGCCUACAUACGCUCCAUUAUGUCACUCAGACUUUUACUUUGAGGUAAUUUGGUAUUAUUAAUGAGUUGAUAAUGUAAAUUGGCCUCUGUUAACAUUUCAGAAGCUGAUGUUUCAAGUGUUAGCCCUUUGUCAGAGGGAAACAUUCCUUUGUCAUUCACUCUGACAAAGGGCUAACACUCAAAAUGUCAUCUUUUAAAAUCUAAACGGGGGCCAAUUUAUUUGUAUUAUCAACUCAGUUGAUAAUACCAAUUUACUUAGUCAUAUUCUCCCACUGACACAGCACCACGGUUUCUUCAGAGACUUAGCCCCUUAUUCAUUUAAUCUUAUAUUUUGUUUAUUAUUAAUUUUUCAAAACUUUUUUUUCUGAUCCAUAAUCCAAUCUGAUCUGGUCCUGGUUUUUGUCAAUGCUGCUGUGGUUUCCACAUUCUUGUCAACCCUCAGCCACAGCUAUUUCUGUUUGAACAUGCAUCAUAUAAUUGCUGUUAGGUUUAGAUGUUGGUGUUUUGAUUUGGCAGUUGUACACAUAGAUACCCUUACAUGGUUGUGCUCUGCUGGUUCCUCUUUACCAAAAGGAACUGAGUGUUAGCUUCAGGCAACUGGAAAACAUUGCCAUUUUACUGAGCAGGUUGGCUGGCUGUGCUCUUUUUACUCUCUUUUCAAGUUGGAUGCAUGAUUAUGUUCAUUGGCUAAAAUCAUUAGUUUUUUUAUUGUUCCACAUGGUUUAACAAUAAAUGUGUAACAUGAGUCUGAGAAAUGGCACAGAUGUAAACAUGUCCUAUUUUUUAAUUUAAUGUUAUACUUUAUAGUCCAUUUUUAUCCUAAAUUGAUUGAAAUCACUUAUACAUUUACCAGUGUUUGGAUGAAGUAUAGCUUAUGAAAGUUUUUCUCCAUGCAAAUUAGUCAUGUUUUCCCAUCACUUGAUAUAUUUUCUUCACUGAGUGUUGUGGUCUGUAGACAGUUUCCCUAAUUAAACUCAGUGACAUUGAAAUGGCUGCUGCCAAAUGACAGAAGGGAAGAAUCUUCAUAAUUUGAAGGACAGGAGCAGUUUUGAUAGUUAAGGGGCUACAUUGAAAUUUUAUUGGGAGCUCCGUCUUGAUGAUGUGUAAAAUAACUGCCAGACAACCACAAGUAUUGGCAGGGACUAGCUUAUUACAAAUAAUAAUACUAAUAGCAGUAUCUAUUUCUGGUAAUUGGCUUGUAUUACCAAGCAUCAUGCCCUUGCUAUGCAUAACAUUUGAGUCAGUCUAGCCUACGCACUAGAAAAAGGGCAGCUUUUAUUAAGGCAAAGGCUCACUAGGGAGGUAAAUCUUGCUUGUUUUGAAAGUGGAUGUCUCUAUUUGAUCAGUAUAUGUCAUAUUUUACAGUCAUCUCUUUUAAGUUGUUUGUACUUUUUAACAGUGAUUUAUUAUUACGGUAUUCUUUCAGGCACAGUAUCAAGUAUUACUGAUACUAGUAUGACUAGUCCCAAAUGUGGUUGGGCAGCUACUCAUAACCUUCCUAAAGGAGUAGGUUUGUCAUUCUUCUGCCAUCCUAGUUUGAAAGGAAGAUAUGUCACCAUCAGGGAUGUUAGGGGAGGUAGAUCGGGAUUCAAUCUUUGUGAAGUUGAAGUGUAUUCAGAACAAAGAGGUAUGGCAUAUCUGGAUAUUUUGAAGAACUACUAUUAACUGCUACCUUACUGAGUUGAGGUUCCAAUCUACAUUCUCAGGAAAAUUUGCUAUUUAAUUUCUGUAUGUAGACAUGUAGGUACUUCAACAUUGUUAAAUAAAUGUAAACUGGUUGUGUGUAGCAGAUAAGUAUGAUAGUUUGGUUUAAAAGUUGAUAUAUUUACAUGUACAUGUAUAAAUGUAUGUUGUGACCUAUUUAAACAUAAAUGCUACAAAUUAAAAAUGUGGCCCUUCGUGAAACUUUUAUUAUUAACCUAUAAAUCAAUAGUAAAGAAUAAUGGAGUGGUUGUGUAGUUAGCUGAUGGUGUAAGAAGACCACAUGACAUAAAUAUUUCAGUAGUUAAGAGUGAUCUAUGUUCAUGAACUGGCAAUUUGUAAGAAUCCUGUAGUAUAGUGUGUAAUUAAUUAUGGCAACUAGAAAUUCCUGAUGGCAUUUUUUUCUUCAAUUAGAGGCCAAAAGGUGACAAAGUUAAUUAAUUUUUUUUAUUUUUCAAGCCUUGCGUUUUCACUCAACAACAACAACAACAGUUCUUUAUAUAAAUACCUCAAAUCACUAGUAAAAUCACUUGAGGUAUGUUUAGAUGGUGCAGCACACUUGUGAUUGUUACUGUACAUGUAUGAUAAACUGAUUCUCUGGGUUGAAACCAAAGUUUAUGGUAAUUAUGAUUGUCUUUUAACAGCAUGUCAUAGUCAGGCCAUCGGUGUGACCAGCAGUGAUGCAAUUCCAGAUGGCAGCUUCUCAGCCUCAACACAAGCUAAUGAUGGCCGCGGACCUUCAGCUGGUCGUCUGAAUGGAAAUAACUGGGGUUGGGCACCAAAUACUAAUACUGAUCACACUGACUACCUACAAAUUGACCUGCAGUAUGAUUAUGUUAUCUGUGCUGUAGCCACUCAAGGAUCUGUCAAUAGUGAUCAGUGGACAACAAAGUACAAGAUUAAAUUAUCAUUGGAUGGUGUCACCUUUAACACAUAUAAAGAAAACAACACUGAGAAGGUCAGUUUGAUGUUAAUGAAACAUCAUGCUAAACUUACUUGAAUUUUUUUUUCAUUUUUUGAUAUUUUGUUCAUGCAGUUUCAUAAAAAUACACUUAACAGGUAAUUUAGUGUUAAUAACUGGGUUGAAAACACCAUAAAGAGUUAAAAGGCAAUGUUGUGUUUUCAACUCAGUUGUUAACACUAAGUUACCUGCUAUACUCUCCCACUGACGUAGUACCACAGUUUCUUUAUAAACUUACCCCCUUUAAAAAUACACUCAGCAGUGUUCUCCUUUUCAGGCAGUAACCAGUAACAUUUACCCCCUGAAGUGUUUCUCAUUACCGUUUAAAAUUGUUUGGAAUUCUUGAAAAUUCAACAAGUAAAAGGAUUGCUUUACCAGUUUGAAAAUUUAUUUUACCUGUCAUGCUUAAAAUAUGGGAGAACACUGACUCAGUCAAGCCUAAUUUUAUAGGCAGAAGAAUUAGAGACAGUUACGCGAGAGCAUUUUGGUAAGAGUAAAUUUGAACCAGUUUUAUUACCAGGUCAAGUAUUGAUGGAAAUGAGUGAAAAAUCUGACAUGAGCUUCAUAGGUCAUGUCUUUCAGGCUUUGAAAUGCUUAUUUUUUAAGGCAUGAUGUAGUCCAGGGUAUGGUAACCCACUAACAUCAAAUGUUGGUGUGGCUUGUAGCUCUGAUUUGAAGUGACUCAUUUUGUUUGAUUUAAACUAUUUUUGUUAGAAUUAGAGCUGUAAAUUAUCCUUUUUCAUCGCUGUUUUGGUGAUGGUGUUUGCUACAUUUUUAUUGGUUGGUUGAAGGCUUGUUGAUAAUUCAAAGCCAAGGAAAACUGCCAUCACUUGUGCACGGAAAGUUGAAAUUUUCUUUUGAAGUGAAUAAACAUGUCAGUGUCAAUAACUGUUCUUUUUCAUUGAUAUCUUUAAUAUUUUAGGUCUUUAAUGGAAACUCUGGGAGAAAUGACAUAGUAAAACACGGUCUGAGGGAGUAUGCUUUGGCAAGGUUCAUCCGUUUUGUGCCAACAGAGUACUAUGGUUAUAAGGCAUUGAGAGUGGAAGUUUAUGGAGUUCUCCUAUCUACAGGUACCAAUUCUAUUUUGUCUGUACCAUAUCAUUGAAAUCCUACAAGUGUUACAAAAAAGUGGAAGGGAAUAUUAUGACUCACUUUACUUAAAAUGUUACAUAAAAUCUCAUAGUCUAUACUGAUACCAUGCUGUAGAAAAAUACAGCCAAUCAGAAUUCAGGAAUUGUAUAUUUGAUGGUAUUGCACCCACUCAUGUUCAGGUAAUGACAUUAAAUACAAGUGACUUGUGGGAUAUUCAAUGGUAUACUACUCAGCAUUACCAAUACUGAUACCAUGCUGCAGAAAAUAUAGCCAAUCAGAAGGAAUUCAUUGUAUAUUUGAUAGUAUUGUGCCCAGUCCUUUUAUUGUGUACUGUGAUCUUAUUCCUGCCAAAAUCGAGCGUACAAUGCCACUUCUAGUGUAUUUCAAGUGCUGUUUGAGCCAUGUCAGAGCCAAAUUCUUCCCUCAACAUUAAUGUUCAGGUAAUGACAGACUAUGAGCGACUUGUGGAAUAAAUUAUUUCAUGAUAUACCACUCAGCAUUACAUAACUGGUAUAUAUUUGAAUGAUAUAUGUAUAUGUUCAGUGUAUAUAAUCACAUUUGUAAAUUAUCCCCUACAGAAAUCAGAUUACCACUUAGUCACUCCCUAAAUGGCACUCAUUUAAUCCAUUGAGGAUGAAUGAAGUCACUUAGGUUCACUUGAUGUCAGACUUGAAAGAGCUUGAAAUUCUGACUUGCAAAGUUUUAGGGAGGACACAAGCACUGUGAUAGUACAGAAAUAAUGCUUCAUCAAUAUUAACAACUUUCAUCUGUGUUGACCAAUUCAGCUCCUUUAUAGGCACAUGACCAUUGUGAAAAUAUCAUUAAAAUACCUUAUAAUCAUUUUUAUUCAACAUUCCAGUUCCAUCACAAGCUCCAGGCAACUUCACUGUGACUGCAAUCUCAUCUACUAGUAUAAAAGCAUCAUGGGCAUCACUGCCAGAAUAUGCCAGACAUGGAGAUAUAACAGGUUAUAAGUUGUUUUACAGACAGAAGGGCUCAGUGGACAAUUUAGUCAUGGAGUCUGUUACUGGAGCAGAAACAUUAACUAAAGCUUUCACUAAUCUGAACAAGUACACCAAAUAUGAAUUUCAAGUGUUGUCUGUUGGAUCUCGUGGUGAGGGACCAAAAAGUUCUGUAAAGGUUGAGCAGACUUUGGAAGAUGGUAAGAGACUAAAAUUGAACAGUGUAGGUUAUAAGAAAUAUUUUACUCAAAAACAUAAUUAUAGCUUAUUUGAAUAAGAUUGGAACAUAAUAGUAUAUCUUGGCAGGUUUAGAGUAAUGAUAUGAUGCAGGAUAUAAUAUGAGAGUUAAGUUAUUAUUAUCAUUUUUAUUAUAUUAUUAUUAUUAUUAUUAUUAUUAUUAUUAUUGUUAGCAUUAGUAAUAGUAGUAUAAUGAGUUAACUUCCUUCAGCACUUUCAGUGAACAGGUUAAAGUGGAUUAUCUAAUUUCUUCAUUUUUUCUGCCAAAGAUCAAUUUUAUUUCAGUCUAGCUUAAAUAAUGACCUUCAUCUUCCAUUUCUUUGCUACUCUAGCACCAACCAUUCCUUCAAACCUUUCGCAGGCUGAGAUAAUGCCAGAUAAACAAGUUGGUCCCAAGAUAAAGCUCACCUGGUAUAAGCCAGCAGAAGAAAAUGGGAUUAUAAGGAGUUACACUGUGUUUUAUAGUCACAAUGAAGAUCCUUAUAAUAUUCACACUAAAACAUUAAAACAAAACAUCUUCAGUUACACAGUAGAUGUGUUAGGUGGGGCCACCUAUCAGUUCCACGUCAGAGCUGCUACAAUCAAACCUGGACCAAAUGCAACCUUGUCUGUUGCUGUUAAUGAUUAUGGUAGGUGUAAAUCAGAAAUUAUAGGCUAGUUUUGAUAUACUAAAAUUCUAACAUGGCUGCAAGGCUAGGGGGAAUAAAACAAAAGAAACUAAUUGUUUGUCCCUCAACCUUGAUGUGAUUUCCUUUGUUUUAUUCCCCUAACCCUUGACACAAAGUUUGAAUUUUAAUACAUUGAAAAUGGCCUAUUAAUUUUACUUUCAACUUUAAUGUUAUUUGAUAAGUGUAGAUGGUAAGUGAUAUCAAGGUAGACAAGUUGAGAACAGCUGCACUAUAGGAGUGGUAAAGGAGGGACUCUCCUUAUCAACUCCAAGUGCUUUCCAAUGGAGUUUUGAAGGACUGGUGAACAUGAUUAGUCAACAUCAAUGACUACAUACCUAAAAAAAAUAAAAAUUUGAUGAAGGGGGAAGGAGAGAAGAAUUACUGAAAUACAAUUUAGAUAAACUUUGAGGAUAAAUUUUUCAUCAAAUGUGAUUCAGAAAUAAUUAUUUAUUAAAUUUUUUUCGUUCAAUGACAGACAGCUGACCAUUUAUCUGAAUUGGUAUAUUUUUUUAUUCCCUUUUGUCAGAACCCAGUGUAGCACCAAAUGAUGUGUCUUUCAGUAGACUGAACCAAACAACCUUCAAUAUUUCAUGGUCACCCCUGACAAGAAAAGAGAGUUAUAGCAAAGUUAUCUCAUAUGAGGUCAAGAUAUCAUUGGUGUUGUCUGGAAGUCGACAAAAGAGAUCUCCAGCCAACAGCAAAACUGUUAACACAACAAAAGCAUUUGUUAUCCUGUAUGAUAUUCAGCCUUGUUACAAUGUGUAUGUCCGAGCAUACACUAAAGCUGGCCCUGGACCAUAUGGUCAACCCUUACCUCUGGAAUUGAGUAAGUUUCAUUUUUUUCCUCAAAUUGAAUAUAGAGCAUGCAAAAUUUUGCUUCAAACUCAUUAAUUUAUACUGCAUAGAAGCUUAAUGUGUAGUCUGAUUCAAAAUCACUAGUAAGAGUAAGAAAAGCAAGGCAUUUUGGCUGUCUUUGGUUGUAGCUUAAUUCGGCUAAUAACCAGGAAAUUGAUUAAUUGAAUAGGGGUGAUAUUCAAAAUGCGCCCCCAAGUGUACCUAGGGAAACAAGUUGCAAUGUUUCCCAUAAAUUUUUCAGCGCAAAUAGCUGUACAUUUUAACUCAUAAUCACAUUAUUUAAUUUAUUCUUAUUACAACAUGGACUAUUUGUACAAAUAAAAAAACUACAGAAAAAGUAGGAAAUUAAUAAAAGCGCAUUUACUGAAUACACAAAAGAAGGAACUUACUCUGGAAUCUAAAAAAGCUAUCAUACUUAUAUUGUUUUACUUACUAAUAUGACAAAGUACCAGGGGCACCUUACAACCUGAGGGCAACAGACUCUCAGUCAACAGAGAUGACACUGGAAUGGGUGAGACCCCAACCUGCUAUGGAAGAAGAGUGGAAGGUGAUAUUCUUAAUGUUUAAAUCUACUUUGCUGUAAAAACAUGGAUUUUGACAAAUUUUAAUACAACUCUUUGUUGCUAUACAAUUCUUAUGAUGUUAGUUUGGAGAAAUUGGUAUUGGAUCAACUAAUAAUCCCCUAAUCAAUAUUUUACUUUAUUCUCAUCACUCCUAUGCUUGACAUUGUAUUGAAAUUGUUAGAAGAAAUUCUUUCUUGAUCAUUCAUGGGAGUUAAAGGGUUAAAGGAGCACUGACGGAAAUGACAUCUGUCGUAAUGAAUAUAAUGCAUAAGUGUACUAGAGAACUGGUACCAUCAGUAUGACUACCAUUUAAGAGCAGCUACUGUAAUAGUUACUGUAAUAAGUGAGAGGAGUUAUAUGUACAUGCACAGCUAUAUGUAUAUACAUAAAAUUAGGGUUUUUUGUUUUGUGCUGUGAUCACGAAAAUGCACGUCCACGUGGGAGAUUUUAUUUGUAAAUAAAUUAGUGCAGGUGUGGUAUUUACUGUACCUGCCUUUGACUCAAUUGUUUGAUUGUUAAGGUUGAGUACUCUGGGAAAAAGUCUUACAACAACAGCUUUUCACACGAAGGCAGCAAAGAUGUACAGGGAACAACAAAAUAUACCCUUGAUAAUUUGGUACCAGGUACCAAAUAUGACCUUCGGGUUUAUGGAAUCUCAAAAUGUGGAAACAACGGAUUCCCUUCAUCUUUGGAAGUAGAAACAAAAAUAGGAGGUAAGCAAUAACAUGCAAGUAACUGUUUGCAUCUAAUUUCUCUUCACAAUAUCACCCCUGAAUCACACAAUGUGGUCACAAGAAUAAAGGAAAUGAUCACCUACUUCUGAUUAGGAAUGUAUGGGAUCAGUAUGGAGAAUAUGCAUCUUGAAAUUGAUGUAAAUAUUUUGCGAAUCAUAUUAUUAUAUUUAUUUUAUUCCCAGAGCCAUUGGCUUCAGUUGUACUAUCACUGACCACCAGGAAGGUCGCUGAGUUGCAGGCUGAAAUUGAUCUGUGGCCUGCUGAACAAAGGAAUGGUCCAAUAAGGUGAUGGUUUUAUAGUUUGUGUCACAGAUUAGCUAAAAGCAUAAACUAUUAAUGAUACACUCACCUGAGGAGGAUACAAUUCUUGCUUUCACUGUGCACAUAAUGAUGUUAAUCUUGUGUACAUAGCCCAUGAUAUGAGAAAGAUACAAUGCCUUAAUUAGGUCUUUCGAACUUAAGUUGCAAUACAAGACUGGGUAAAAAUCUCCUUGUUGACUGUAACGUUAACAAAACGCCAGUUCUGCAAUCAACAACAUUUCUGUUUAGGACUAUUCUUCCCAAGACGAUCAGAUCGCACAACUGGCUACUAUAUUGAACACAAACACAUGACUUUGUUGCAAAAGUUCCUAAGUGCUUAACUCAAGUCAUUAAAGACCAUCAAACAACCACCACCUUUCAAUACGGCGAUGACCGCAAUGGUGUUGACCAGAAUUUUGUUCGUUUUCAACAUUUCAGUGCUUAUCAAAUAAUCAUUCUUAAAGUCUCUGAUUGUGUUCAAGAGCUUCCCAAGGAUUUUCAUUUGAAGCUGAAAGAUUUAAACGACGAAAAUUUGAACUUUCAUCCGUUUUACAUCGCUGCGGAAAUCGAAAAUGAUCCUGUGCAUGAGAAAUCUUGGAAAUUUACUAUUGGUGACGGGAAAUCGUAUGGAACUUUUAUCAACAAAAAACUGAGGAAAGGAGGAAACUAUUUUGCCUAUCAAAGAGCAAUAACUCGUUUCAAUGGUGUAAGUAAAUUUGGGUGUUGUUUAAUUGUUCUGUUAUUUAGAGUUGAUAAUCUAAACAUAAUAUCCACUUGAUGAAGAAAAUUAUUUUGGACCAAACCAUUUUUUUACGUGCAGUCACACUUGCUGUUAGGGAUAAAUCUCACUUCCUUAUAUCAAUGAAUUUUAAGAUGUGUUUGUCACUUUUUGACCAUGUUUGGUUCACUUUUUAGCAAAUUUUGGAAGGAUAUGCCAGUAAAGUGGCCUCGAUAUCUGUGACACCAGGUAUGCGAGUUAACACUCACGUGAGACUUGAAACUAAUUUCUCUAUCUUUUCAGUUUAGUGGGCUGUAAACUUUCAUGAGAGCUUUGUGACUUGGAGAGAAACUUCCCUUUUGGCAAGAGUCAGUUGUUACAGUUGCGCGGGCAAAUUGGAAAAAAGUUAAACUCAAGUAAUGGCAGAUCCUUGUUGAAGUCUGCCACUGUUUCAAAAGUUUGUGCCUGGCCUUAUUUCUCCCCUUCAACUGAAUAAGUUAGGUUUAAAACCUCGGCCACUGCUGAUUACGAAAAGCAAACUAACCUACCACCGUUGUUUCUGUGUUUACUAGAUAAUUCUUAUUCCGGUCUGCAUUUACAUUUGGUCACCUUUCAAUUCUUAUCAUAAUUAUCAUAGAAUAACAUCCUUUUUAGUAGAUUUUUUGUUAUUUUAUUUUCACUUAAAUGUAAAAUUUGUGCAACUUCCAUUGAUGUAAUUAACAAAAGCGCCUUGAUGCUUUCAGCUCUAUGACGAGAAAGGCCACAAUCUUGAUUAAGGGCAGGUUUUUUGUUCUCGCUUGCUCUUCUAUGAAUUUUAAUGUUUAACUAUUAUUUUCUUUCAAUCUGCAGAGUCACUUAAAUAUACUAAAGAAACCAUAAAGGGAGAUACCAGUGAGUAUUGUGGGGACACAAGAAGCUGGUCUUAAAUUGUUGAUUAAACAGCGCCAAUAAAUCCAUAAUUAAACAGCAUGUUGGAAUAAUCUCGUAAUAAUCAUUUGAUUCCUCUCAAAGCUAUCACUUGAUUCCUUCAUUAUUUUCUCCAAUUUUCAUGGAGACACAGAUUUUCAUAUCUGAUGUAAAUCCCUCCUAUUUUCUAACAGGUGAAUCCCAAGUCUUUCGGGCUGCUGUCAUCGCUCUUUGUUGCAUUGUUUUCUUCUUGCUCAUUGUGAUUGGUGCGCUAAUAUGGCGGUUGAGACGAACUGAGCUUAAUAAAAAAGCAACCACAGUAAACAGUGGUAUCUCCGCCCCAUCUGGUGGUCAUCAAGCGUCAGAGCCUGGUGUUUAUAUGGAACUCCACCCCAGGCCUUCGGAAGGGAAGUCACGUGAACCUCCUGAGUACCAGUCAUUGCAGGACACUCAAGUGACUUCCAAUUAUUACAAUGUGGGAUUCAAGAAAGAAAGGUUAGGGAAGAAAGACGGCGGAAUCUACGAGAAUUCGCACAGUUGAAUGCUUUAGUCUCCUCUUGACGCUUGAUAGAUCUGAAUUGAAGCCGCCCGUUUAGAUAUAGGUCUGUAAGCCCUACAGACGGUUUGUUAUUGAAGACUUGGUUUAACGAACAUCAGAACGUUCGUAAAAGCCCAACCACAUGAUGAAUUUCCGUAAGAGACUAACUCUAUAAAGAAAUUUCGUGGAAAAAUAGACCGUGUAAUUAAACAAAGCAAGAAUUAGGAAAAUUUUAUCGUACAAAGUAGUAGUAGUAAUCUUUAAUGAGGAUGCCAACGUUACGAAGUGGUUUACAAAAGGGUUCUCAGAAGAAUACUAAGUUUAGAUUAAGAACCAGUUAAACAUACAAAAAUGUAAAAGUUUAAAAGAGUAUAUACAAUCAUCAAGCAUCAAAUAUAACCAGUUAAAAAUACAGGAAUGUAAAAGAUAAAAAGAAUAUACAGAGGGUAAAAAGCAAAGAAUGUCGUUAAGAAUCAAAGAUAACUUUGGACAGGCCACGUUUAAAAGCAGGCAAUGACUCUGCAUUCCUUAAUGAAGUGUCUAAGCCGUUUCAUAUAUCGGCGCUAAAAUUUACUGACGACCAAUGACCCCAUCUUCUUGUGGCACUAGAUUUGCGAAUGUCAUUUCUCGAUCUUGUGUAGUAACUGAAAAUUACCAUUGAAUGUGACAGGGAUAGAGUGACAGAAAUGGUUGUUAAUCAAUUUAUACGUAAAAGUACCAUGAUGUUCCUUUGUACGUCGCACUGCAUUAUUAUAGUUAGCCUUUGUUAUGUACCUGAUGACAUUCGCCCACAUAUUAACGGGGCAGGGAAACAUACAAACUUUUAUACAAAUUGUAUGAGUGACACAUGACAAUUGAAUUACCUUAGGUACCGGUAAUCGCUCAUUGUGAAUGAAAUUACAUGCAGCAGAAUGUAGAAAGGAAAAUCUUGAAAUGACUCUGAGUCACUUUUAGCCAUGUUGGUCUUAAGAGGAAACGAUUUACCCCGAAUUGUAGCCUAAGAAUUGGGUAAAAUGUAUGGGAAGUCGAAGAGAUGCUCAGUCAGGAGAAAGUGCUCUUUAAAUGGAACAACCAAAUUUCAAUACUGUGGUAGGAAAUAAGAAGGGACUCGCGUCUCCACUUUCCUGAAUGAGCCAAAAAAACUGCUUCUACUGUAGAUUAUCUUCCUCUGCUGUUAAACAACUACUUUCGAACAUUUUUAAACAGUUUUCGAGUGUAACGUAGCAUGGUAUGCAACAUUGGUGAUAUCAGUUAAACCUUACGGUUUCGUAUCUUCUCACUGGUCUGUUAAUCUUUGUUUUUGUGAGAAAUCUUAGGAAUACAGAGAUUCUAGGCUUGUUUUUGUGAAGGAAUAAGUUUCUUCAAAAAUUGAGAAGGAUAAUUAAAUUAGAAGCGAUAGUUUUACAAGAGAUGUGCUAGAAAGAAAAAAAAAAGAAAAGAAGAACAAAGAUGGUUAGUGAAAGUGAUAUUCAGACCGAUUAACUCUUAGGACCAACAGAAAUAAAGGAGGUAAGUCUCUGAAAAAGCUGUGGUACUAGGUGGGUAGGGGAUAUAACCUGAUAAUUUGGUUUUAUCAACUGAGUUUUCAAUGUAAAAAAUUCAUUUUAAUAAAGAUUAGUUAUAAAUGUUUCAGCACACAAAUCAUAAUUGACAAGUUCACUUUAUAACUAGUGACGUUCACACCAAGAAAAAAUGAAAAACAAGAAAAUAAUUUAGACUUCCGGUAAGAGUCUUAUGUCUGUAGAUCAUCCCUUUAAAAUAGAGGAACCUAAACCCGUAUUGUCAACGCGUCGUCUUUCGGCACACUGCUGAAACUCCGGGAAUAUAUACCAUAAUGAGUUUAAUUGUAUUUUGGCAGAUGAGCUCCAACGGAGAGAAUGAACUUUUUAAGAUGCAAAAGGUUAUUGAACUGAAACAUCAGGUGUCUGCAACGUUUCAGUUUCUCAGUGAGUUAUGAAGUAACAACAACGGCGAAAUGUCGGAGUUUGAUUCCGGGCUGCACUUCCAAGUGGCUUUCUUCGCUUUUCUUAUUCCUCUAGGUUCCGGUGAGUUCUCUAUCAUUUAUAAUCUGUGCAUACGAGUUAAGAUCUCAACGAAUUCACAGAUUGUUUUUCGCAGUGACUCCAUAGAUAUGAAGUUAUUAAAUUCCAUUUCAUUGCCGUCAAUUGACAAACUGUCGGGUCUGACCGAAAAAUCCCAUGUGAAUUCAAACAUCUUUAAAGCUGAAACAUCUGACAAGUUAUUUUAUUUUGAGAGAAUGAGUCUGGGAGAAUUGUAGUUGCGAUUUUCAAACCUAUCUGGCAUAGUAUGAGUUACUUCCUGGUAAGGAGUAAGAGCGUCUCAACGACUCACCUCGUCGCUCGCCUUUUCUUAGUUACGUAAGAGCAUGAUCUUCUCUACUUGGCUUCACGAUGUUUAUGAAGCGGUAGCUUGAGAGAGAUCUGAACUUUUUUCGGAACAGAACUAGCUCGCUUCGUUAUCGAUUAAAAUAUGACGGUUUCCUAAUUAUAAGGUCAUCAUUCUUAGAGAGGCCUAUUUGAAAGCUAUGAUCACAUGAGAAGUAGUUUUAGAAUUUGGACGAUUUCGACUGCCUUCCUAUACUUUUACUUAAAACAGUUUCUGCAUCAUAUCGAGCUUUGCUUGAAUUUACGAGCUGUCCGAUUUCUUGAACACAAAGUUGUGUCAUUAUGCAAAUCUGGCGCUUAUUUAUUUUAAGUUUCCAUUUUAGUGUGCAAACUAGUUCGAUACAUUUACUGCCAUUUAGCUUCUGCUGAAGGCAUUGGAUAAACAUGUAAUGACGAUUAUUCAAUAAACCAGCGUGAGCCAAAUCAAAAUGGCAGAGAACUUCAAGAACAAAGUAAACUGAAAGUUCAAUUAUGUUAAUAGGUUUGUCGUGACUUGGCAUAUCACUGUCGACUAUUGUUUUAACAAAUGAGCAGGCAAACACGGCCAAAAUGGACAACUGUCUGACCAAGCGUUGGAAUGAAGUCGUAUUCCUCACUUUACUCAAACAAUACACCAUAAGCAAAUAGAAAAUGCAGUUCAAGUUAAACAAAGAAUGAACUCAGCUCGCCUCAGACGUAGGUGUUUAAGAGGCGAUCUCUGUAAGAGCGGUCCAAGAUAUUUGGCAUCGGGAAAAAGUUUUCCCUCAAACUUUGCCUAAUAAACUAUCUUUGGUAGCAAGUAAAUAAAACCACAUUAGUUUCUGGAAAUACCGCGGUUAAAAUAAAAUUUUUAGAGCUCUCAAAAGUCAAAGCUGCUAAAGGCCCUUUUUUGACCUCUUGCGACAUCGAAAAUUUCAAAAGUUGAAUAACCUGGUCCUUGUAUCACACCGCAUGCAGCAAAAAAUCUUUUGUAUCUUUAAACUGUGUGAUAUGUUAGGUGAAUAAAAAGUAUUUCAAUUUUGAUAUUUGUUUAUUUAGGGGUUCGUCAUAAUUUAUUUAAAAACACUCCUUAGACAGCUUUCUGAAAUUGGUCAAAAGUACUCUUUCCCACUUGGUUGAUAUUGCUCAAGUCCAGAACAGACCAUUGAAAAAUCCGCUUGAUUUCUUCUAAUAAGAUGUUUGGCUGCAGAAAAAUAUAAAAACAUCUUGCACUUAUUAAUUUUGUUCGCCGCAAUGACUUCAAACUUUCAGCGAUUUUGCUAGCGUGACAGCCGAUUAUGCAAAUUAGUUCAUUGAACAAACUCCGACCGUUUUAUAAAAGUAGCUCAAUAAAUCUUAGAUUUUAACCAUUUUAAGUUGAAAAGAUAGUAGGACAGAGCUUUUAGACUACACCGAUUGAUACUCUAAACAUUUCAAAAGGCCAGAAUUUGACAAAGUUUACCCUCUCGUGACGAAAGACGUCAAUAACAAUGCAUCGAAUAUCAUAAUUUGAUUAGCGCUCGCUUAACAUUUUAAUGGCAAACUCUUUCUUAAAAAUUUGGCUUCUGCUACUUCAUGCAUAUUUGAGUUCUGACAGGUUACGCUAUUCAAACCUGUAUGAACAUUUCAGAACCAAACUACAGGAUUCUAUUUAGUGUAACCGGUGAUAACAGCACACAUUGAAAUACACCUUGACCAGUGACUCUGUCACGUAAUUCCAUCGUAUAAUUGUCCUGAAUACCUCUCAAGUCCAAGUAAAGCAGCGAUUGCUCGAAUUUCUAGCUGACAGGAACAAAUGAUAUUUGGUCGCCACACCUGUCUGCAUAGCAGUCGCUGUUCAUAACUUUGGAGAGUUCUUGUGAAAAAAGAUAUCGCAUUCGCAUAACGGGUGGACGUCAUAAUUAGACUACAUUACAACUCCACUCCGAAAUCAUUUCCUCCAUUUUUGCAAGAAGUGUUGUCUUUGUAUCUCGCAUUUUGAAUGCGAGCUCAAAAUGUUUGCACAUGUCUCUUAGUACCUUGACUUUGAGGCUGGGCAACCUUCACCCUCGUGCCAACGAGCACACAUCAUAGACAGCAAACAUGAUUGGAUUUUUCAGUCCUAUCUCAUCCAUUACUGUGUUCCUGGCCUCCCUCAAACACGAGUACUGCCUGACGUUUUGCGAAAGCCGUACACUUGCACCUCUCUUAUGAAGAGCUCAUUCCAUGGAAAGCUGUGAAGCACUUGUCAAGGGUUCUGUGGCCGCUGCAACCAGUUCAGUCGAACCCUCUAAUGACAAUGACUGAAAGUGAUGAACCCACUCCCUCUUCACUUUGCCAUAAAGACUUUCAGUCAUGCUCGCAGACACAGGACUUACAUGAUGAACCGCCAAGUUCAUAUGGAGCUCAAGGUCGGAUUCUGUGACGCAGGAUUUUUUUCAACAGGCACCUCACUCUUCGACUGUGCUCUUGCCUUCUUUAUUUGUCUAUCGGAGAGGUUUUCAAAUGGCUGAUGCAUGCGUUUAAGCUCGUUAGCUGAAAAUCUAUCGGUAUAAAUACUCAAUAUUUGAGUCCUAAGUGAUUUUGUGGGAGCAUUCUGAUAGGCGGCCUUAAGGGUUUGAAGGCCAACAUCAAUAGCUGUCUUGCACUUCUCUUCAUGGUCUACGACCGCUUGGAAUAACGCUUUUCCAUCUCUUAGAGCAAUGACAUCGCACACCAGCUGGCACGCUUCCCCAGCUUUUUGUACAAACUCAGAUUUUUCGGGAAAGGAGCAUUUUUCCCUACAAUCUACUUGGGAUUCCAAAUGUGUAAUCCUGGGCUUUUGUGCAACAUCGGCGAGGCUAUCGAUAUAUGCAUUUAAGACUUGAAUUGGAUCUAUGCUAAAGUUCUGAAUAGAACUGUCUUAAAGACAGGUGUGCAGACAAACUUUCUCUUAUUCCAGCCGACUAGAAUGCUGAUCCAAAAAAUGAUGUUAUCACUGCUUUAUUUAGAAAGGAGAAGGAUGUACCUCCUCUUGACGCUUGAUUGAUCUAAAUUGAAGCCGCCCGGUAGGUUGUGGGUCUGUAAGCCCUAUAGACAGUUUGUUGUUGAAGAUUUGGUUUAACGAACAUCAGAACGUUCGUAAAAGCUAACCACAUGAUGAAUUUUCGUAAGAGACUAACUCUAUAAAGAAAUUUCGUGAAAAACCGACCGUGUAAUGAAACAAAGCAAGAAUUAGGAAAAACUUUAUCUUGUAAAUGCAGAAUUGAACGCUUCUACACUGCAUUACUAUACUUAGCCUUUGUUGUGUACCUGAUGAUAUUCGCCCACAUAUUAACGGGGCACGGAAACACACAAACCUUUAUACAAACUGUAGGAGUAACGCAUGACAACUGAAUUACCUGAUGUACUGGUAAUCGCUCAUUAUGAAUGAAAUUACAUUUAGUAGAAUGUAGAAAGGAAAAUUUUGAAAUAACUCUGAGUCACUUUUAGCCAUGUUGCUCUUAAGAGGAAACGAUUUACCCCGAAUUGUGGCCUAAAAAUUGGGUAAAAUGUAUGGGAAGUCGAAGAGAUGCUCAGCCAGGAGAAAGUGCUCUUUAAAUAGAGCAAUCAGAUUUCAGUACUGUGGUAGGAGUUGAAUAAAGCAAUGCAUCGUUGAAAUGAUUAUUUUGUCUUUCCACAGUCCAUGUCGGUAUCUUUUCGAACCAAACCAUACUUUGAAGGAAAAUGUGUGGAUUUUUUUUAUUUAUGUUUCAAGUGAAAGAUUUAUUUUGCCUCUAGAAAAUGUAAGCAAAAAUAGAAAUACCAGUAACAUUAAAUCGCCUUUUUUUCCUCCUAAUAGAAAUUCUACGACCAAAUCUUUGAGUCGUUCAACUGAAAAUAUUAUAUAGUUUUAGAUUUACAACCGCAUCAUGGACUUCAAAUAUUACUAAAGGUCUUGUGACAAGUACCUUCACAACAGUCGCAAAAAUAUAUCGAUACAAUAUCAGUCUUAUGCCUGAAGCGUGACGUCGUGGACUCGGCCGAUCAAUCACUUGCUUUGUCUCGCCAAAAAAAGAAUGUUUUUGACGUCAGCAAAUGACGUUUGCCUUUUUCUUGCCAAAAUUAAAUCUAUCAAGUAUGUGCUCCUAUUAUUUGUUUUAACUUGGUGAGGGUGGCUUAAUAAAAACACCUAAACCUUGACUCUGAUCAUUUCUUUUUAAACCGAUCGACCAGUGCCCCCCUUUUUGUAUCACCCCAAGUAAGAUGAAGUAAAGGGAUCGAUUGGAUCGCCCCCCCCUCCCCUCCCCGCAAGUGAUUCUGUGCCUUCUUCCCUGAGGCAGAUCAAGCUAUAAAUUCCUGCAGAACAGGGGUAAUUUUUUUCGUUUUCCAAGCAAGUGAAAUAAAGAGGGGCUCGCGUCUCCACUUGCCUUGAUGAGCCAAAAAAACCGCCUCUUCUGUAGGUUAACUUCCUGUGCUGUCAAACAACUACUUUCGAACAUUUUCAAACAGUUUUCGGGUCUAACGUAACUUGGUAUGGAACACUGACGAUAUCAGUUAAACCUAACGGUUUCGUAUCUUCUCAGUGGUCCGUUAAUCUGUGUUUUUGUUGUAAAUCUUAGGAAUACAGAGAUUGUAGGGUUGUUUUUGUGAAGGAGUAAGUUUUUUCAAAAUUGAGAUGGAUAAUUAAAUUGGAAGCGAUUGUUUCACAAGAGAUGUGCUGGAAAGAAAAAGAAAAGAGGAACAAAGAUGGUCAGUGAAAGUGAUAUUCAGACCGAUUAACUCUCAGGAUCGACAAAGGUAAAGGAGGUAAGCUUCAAAAGAAAUUGUGGUGCUAGGUUGGUAGGGGGUAUAACCUGAUAAUUUGGUUUUAUCAACUGAGUUGAUAAUGUAAAUUGGCCACCGUAAAGAGUUUCUUAAGAGAUUCCCUAUAAACUGUGGCCCUACCUUGUCAAGAUACACAAGUGAACAAAACAGUCCCACGCAGGAUAUUUGAGCAUAAGUUUGCCUUUCUAGAUUCUUACAAAAAAAUUAUUUCAAUAAAGAUUAGCUUUAAAUGUUUCAGCACACAAAUCAUGAUUGACAAGUUUAUUUUAUAACCAGUGACGUUCGCACCAAGAAACAAUGAAAAACAAGGAAAAAAUUUAGACUUCCUGUAACAGUGCAACAGUUGUGGGAAAAACACCAGAGAUUGUUGUAGAAAGUUUUCAAGUCAUUUUUUUUUUUUUAUAUAUUCAGAAAUUCUUUUUAGAUUUCAUGAUUGCUUCCGUUGUCUUUUGCCUGUAGAUCAUCCCUUUAAAAUAGAGGAGUCUAAACCCGUUUUGUCAACACGUGAUCUUUCGGUUAGCUGCCGAAACUCCGGGAAUAUAUAUGAUAAUGAGUUUAAUUGUAACUUGGCAGAUGCGCUUCAACGGAGAUGGUGACCUUUUUAAGAUGCAAAAGGCUAUUGAGUUAUGAAAUAACAACAGCGACGAAAUGUUGGAGUUUGAUUCCAAGCUGUACUUCCGAGUGGCUUACUUAGCUUUUCUUAUUCCUCUAGGUUCUGGUGAGUUCUCUAUCAUUUGUAAUCUGAGCAUACGUGUUAAGAUCUGCUCGAAUUCACCGAUUGUUUUUUUUGGCAGUGACUCCAUACAUAUGAGAUAAUUGAAUUCCAUUUCAUUGCGUUCGGUUGACAAACUGUCGAAUCCGACCGAAAAAUGUCAAGUUAAUUCAAUUAUCUUCUUUAAAGCCUAAACAUCUAACAAGUUCUUUUAUUCUGGUAGAAUGAGUUUAGGAGAAUUCUAGUGGCGAUUUUCAAACCUAUCUCGCAAAAUAUGAGUUACUUCCUGUUCAGAGGUAACAACGGCUCAUCGACUGACUUCGUCGCUCGCCUUUUCUUAGUUUCGUAAGAGCAUAAUCUUGUCUACUUGGUUUCACGAUAUUUAUGAAGCGGUAGCUCGAAAGAGAUCUGAACUUUUGUCGGAACAGAACUAACUCGCUUCGUUAUCGAUAAAAAUAUGAUGGUCUCCUGAUGACACGGUCAUCGCUCGAGGAGAGGUAUCUUUGAAAGCUAUGAUUAUAUGAGGAGUAGUUUAAAAUUUGAACGAUUUCGAUUGCUUUCCAUUGCUUUUACUUCAAACAGUUUUUACAACAUAUCGAGCCUUUGGUUGAAUUUACGAGUCUAAUUUCUUGAACACAAAGUUGUGUCAUUAUGCAAAUUUGUCACUGAUUUCAAAAUACUCUAUUAGCUUUCCAUUUUGGUGUACAAACUGGUUCGAUACAUUUACUGCCAUUUAGCCUAUGCUGAAGGCAAAGAGUUAAAGAUACAAAGACGAUUGUUGAGUAAGCCAGCUUGAGCCGAAUCAAAAGGGCAGAGAACUUCAAGAAGAAAGUAAACUGAAAGUUCAAUUAUGUUAAUAGGUUUGUCGUGACUUGGCAUAUUAUUGUCGACUAUUGUUUUAACAAAUGAGCAGGCAAACACGGCCAAAGUGGACAUCUGUCUGACUAAGCGUUCGAAUUAACACAUGUUCAUCAUUUUACUCAAACAUUACACCAUAAUCAAAAAGAAAAUACAGUUUAAGUUGAAUAAAGAAUGAACUCAGCUCGCCUCAGACGUAGGAGUUUAAGUAUUCGAUGUAUAUUCAUGAGACACGACACGGAAUAACUACUAAAUAAACAAUCAUAAUGUGUUAAUAGACAUUUUAUUCCUGUUAACUCAAAUACAAUUGUUUCAACGCCGAGAAACUUAGAUUUGCAAAGACCUUUCAUAAAAAUCCCGAAUCAAGGUAUAGCUCUGAAAGAUUAAAGUGACGUGUUGCUAAGACGGUCACAAAAAAUAUCUUGAAAAAUGUCCUCGAAGUAUACCCAAAAUUUGCGCUCCGAAGUGAAAUUUUGAAAUGUAUCCAAUUGAAAAUGUUUUUGGAUUAUACUAGUUUCAGUAAAUAAUAGGGCGCACUCCACCAAUAGUUAGUCCAAUUGAUUAUGUCAUCGAUAAAUGUAUCAUGUUAAAUCUACGCUUUAGAGUUUCAUUAACGACUGGUUAAACAACGGAAUGUUACUAAAACAAUUCUGUAGACCAUAUGGUUGUAGUAACACUAAGGGCCUGUUUGCAAGGAACCCCAGGAAAUUGCGGUAACCCGCCUAACUGUGGUUGAAAAAUAGUCCGUGUUUACGCCCAACCCUACAACCUUGGGGUCCUGAGGUGAGUUUGUCGGCCUGCUUGUAAUGGGUGCGCAAUGCUACUACUAUAAACUGGAAUCAUUUACACUCCUUCCACGGUUCAUGAUGAACAAAUCAUUACAGGAUUUAGCCUAUGAAAUUUGGGAUUAAUCGGCUACAAACUGCACUCGUACUACGGACUUUUACCUUUGUUAGCCUUCGAAAGAUUUCCUGGUAUUCCAAUUACGACUUGCGCUCAAAACCAUGUGAGUACUUAUUUUAAUUGAUCACGUGACUAACUUUGGAAGCUGGGUUAUUUUCCCGCCAAAAGCCAAGAUCAUGGCAUGGUUACUAAGCAUGCCACAUUCAACAUGGAAGACAGUAAUCUCAUUUUAAACCGAGUUACUACAUCUGGCCCGGGUUGUUCAAAUCUGGGUUAAGAUAACCCAGGGUUAGCGUGGAAUUUGAUUUCAGGUCUGAAAGCUUUAAAAGAAAAUUCAGUUAAAAUCUUUUUGCUUGCAACUUUGAUCAUUGGAUGUUCUAAAAAAGAAUAGGGAAAAUUUUUCUAAAAGGUUUUGGAAAAAAGAAAUAUAUAAACCUGCGUUAACAUUUAACCCUGGGCUAGCACUAAUCGGCCUUUGAACAACUGGGCCCGGUUGUUCAAAACUGCGAUUAGCGCUAAUCCACGAUUAAAUAGGCUAAUCGCCGAUUAAAUUUAAGUCGCCGAUUAGUUUCUGUUGUUCAAAGCCCGAUUAUUCCUAACCUUCGAUCAAACCAAGGGUUAAAUCUAACCCUGCUCGCUAGGUGGAUUAAAUCCUUAAUCGGCAGAUUAAAAAAUAAAAAUCACAACAUGGCUGACUUGUUGUAUGGUUGUGUUGGUGUUGAUGGGCGAAGAAAACGGAAGCAAAAGAGAGUUUAGGAGCAUCGGUUUCACGAUAGAUGGAUAUACAGACGAAGAAUUAAGAGCAAGGUAUCGCUUUGGAAAGGAGUCUAUAGAGUAUAUUACCGACCUUUUGGCAGAUAAUCUUCGUCGUAAAACCAACCGCAAUCAUCCUCUCUCCGCUCUCCAACAAGUCCUCAUUGCUUUGCGCUUCUACGCAAGUGGCAGCUUCCUUCAAGUGGUGGGAGACACCGUUGGUGUUGACAAGUCGACAGUGUCACGAGUGGUGGCAAAUGUAUCCCUGGCACUUGUUGCUAGACAACAAGAGUAUGUCAAGUGGCCAAGACAACAGCAAGAGCUGGGCAGUUUAAAACUGCCUUUUACCAGCGAGGACGAUUUCCCUGCGUGAUCGGAUGCGUCGAUGGCACGCAUAUCCGAAUCCAAGCGCCCAACAAGAACGAGAACAGCUACGUGAACCGUAAAGGUUUCCACUCUAUCAAUGUCCAAGGCAUAUGUAACCACGAAGGUAAUCGAUGCUUUUAAAAUCAUUUCUUACAUCUUGGUAGACUGUUGCAUUUUCAGAUAACGUCUUAACCGUCAUGUAACACACAGUCAACUAUACCUGUCCCUUCAAGUAAGAUUACUCAAUAGCAGCAGGGGAUAGACACAAUUAAGUGAUCUACACUGAGUAGACUUGAAAAUUUUGUCACAUUCACACUGAUUGGCUGCAGUGAACGUUUCACCAUUGAAGUAAAAUCCCUUUGCAGAUUACCUUACAUGAUAUCAUUGUUUGCCUUUAUUUCAGGUUUGUUUACUAACAUUGUAGCUCGAUGGCCAGGAAGUACACAUGACAGCUUCAUGUUCAGGUCCUCAAAUCUAUGUAGCUACAUAGAGGAAAAUCAUCACUCACUGGAUGAUGGAAUUCUCCUCGGGGACAGUGGGUAUGCAUUGCGCCCAUUUAUGAUGACCCCGUAUAUCAACCCAAGCACCCCAGCUCAAGUUGCUUACAAUGAUGCUCAUUGUAAAACAAGGGUAAUCAUUGAACAAACUUUUGGCCGCUGGAAACGUCGCUUUCAUGUUCUCCAUUCUGAAAUUCGUAUGGCUCCAGAAAAAGUGUGCAUCAUCAUUGGUGCAUGUGCUGUUUUGCACAAUAUCGCAAUUUUCCUCAGUGAGCCAAUGGAGGAUGGAGAUGUUGGUGGGGAAGCAAAUGAGGAUUAUGUGUACUGUGGUCCUAAUCAAGGACAAGCUGUCAGAAAUCACAUUACUCAAACCUAUUUCAGCUAGAUGCCAUCCUUUUGACCAAAUGUAUCAUAAGUAAUGUACCAAAGAAAAAUAAUUGGGUGGAGAAUUUUCAGUUUUCCUUGCUCAUUCAAGUUUUUUAUUUUUGGGAUGUGAAAUUGUUUUUGACAGUUCCAGUCUGCAUAUUUUUUUCCUUCUUAAAAUAGGCUUAGCUUGCAAUGGUUCUUCUCCCUUAAAUCAGUUUCACUUCAAUGUAUUACCCAUCAUCUUUUCCCACAUCAAAAUUACCUAAAAAUAUAAUUUGCAAUAUCUCAUAUCCAAACUGGGGAUUUUGUCUGCAAUUUGCAACAAUAUUAUUUAUGGUGAAGAUACCUGAAAAAUAAACUCGCCGCCAUACUAAGAAUUACUAAGUUGGCAUUUUGAGCAUCAAGACUCAACUUUUUCAAUGAAGUUUUCAAGGUCAUGCCCAAUUGUUGUUGUAAUCUACAUGGUUUACAAAAAAAGAAUAAAAUUACAUUUAUGUUUUGUGUUCAACACAACCAAGGGACAGGGGGUUAUUCCAGCUUCAAAGUGACAGCAGAGUACAACAUUUCCAACAUUCUUCACAAUGAAAUCAAUACAAGUGGUACGACUUAGGUGCAUAAAUCAUUCUUGUUUACUAUAUAAUCAAAGCAAGAGUUAUUAUUAUACAAAAAUAAAAUACUUCUUUUGCUGCUUGUAAAAGGUUGACAUUUUAUUAUUGUAUAUAUAAAGAUAUAUAUAAUAUUAACAAAUAACUUAACCACUCUUUCUUGUUUUAUUUAUAUAAUAAUUCACUGACUGUUAAGAGCAUCUUAAGUAUGUUAUUUUAAUACACUGUCUCUAGAUCCAGGGGUACUCUAGAACAAUUGGGUGGGGGUGUGCAGACCACUCUGCAAAACCCUUACCCUAUUUAUGACCAAAAUCUGUGAUUUUCAAUACCCUAUUUAUGACCUGACCCUAAAUCAAUACUUUGUUUCAAACUUGCCUUAUACUUAGUUCCUUGUUCAGUUCAAUGUUAAAGGUAUCAUGAAGGGCUUUCAUUGAUCAGUCUUAUCAAUAAUGAUAAACAAGUAGCUUCUUCUGAAAAACAUGCCAAAUUCAGGACUAGAGAGCAAAAAAACAGACCCUAUAAUGAUCAAAAAAUGGCUUAAAUCGAUACCCUAUUUAUGGCUAAAGAGGCUGAAAAGUCAUACGCCUUAGGCGCACAUACAUACCUUAAUAGACCCUAUCGGAGAGUAACCUGCACCUCCCCACCCACUGGGUCUUGAUACCUGACUACCAGGAAGUGAUUUCAAAAAACUAGAUACCUGGCAGUCUGAAAUUAUUAUAGAUCUGAAUUUCUAUGGAACAGCUCAUUCAAUAAUAUUCUUCUUCUAAUUGACAAUGGUAGAUCUUUGUUUACAAAUUUCAAGCGACUUCAAGUAUUAUUUUGUAGUUGAGGAAAUUUUUGAGCUUAGGCUUACUACAAAACUUGAUGUCUCAACACUUAGAAAAUAUUCAUGCUCUGACUCUGGAGUGAACUCUCAAAAAUUCAGUCAAGUGUAAACCCUCUAAGAGCACUUGAUAUUUGUUUGGAAAUGCCACACCAAUAGUGCUUUAAUUUGUAGUGGACCAAUUCAACUUUAGCAUACUAUAACAGCUCACAGGCACUGAGUUUUUUUAGAAAAACAAUGUAUACUCAGCAGUCAAAAACUUUCUCUAUUUUGCAACUUAAAUUUCUUUUCGCACUUGCUAAGAAUGCUUGAUCUCUAUAUAGUAAUACCAAGGGAUUUCCAAACUAAUAACGCCCCUCCAUUGAAUUGUUCACAUUCCUUUGCCAUGGAAGUACAUAGCAUGAUGAAUGUCCACCACAGGUUGCAUGACAUUGUCGAUAUGUUUGCAGUUCUUCACUUCUUGGAACUGUUUACUUGAUUAAAAGUUAUAAAAGCAGCUCAUUCCAUAUGUUUGAUGGCCAGUGAAAUCAAAGUGGCUAUGACCUACUGAACUUGGAAAAUAAACUAUGAAAGGAUUUCUUCCUGGUUGUGGGGCACUUAAGCCUGCUGUACUUAGGUAUAUGAUUAAUACUUUCACCCUUCAGUAACUUAUAUACUUGUAAGUAACACAGUGUGAUAAACACUGGCUCGCCAUGUGAGACAUUAGGAGUUUGGAUCCCCAUGGUGACCUCUGCCUAUUUAUUUAUUUUUCAUUGUUUUUUCUUUUUCUGUCAAGAAACCAUUUACCGAAAAGGAAGUGUUGGUCAGCAUUUAUAACAGCCAAGUACUUAAUGGUUUAAAAUUUUUGCAGCCAGCUUGACAAAUAUGUAAAUUUACGGGAGGAAAGAUCGACCAGCCACUAUAGGGCUUAAAUUGAUUGUGGUCAUCAAAUUACCACAGGUCUCCGUUUCCUUAAUAUUUGCACAUUUUUGCUCCAACAGAGCAAUCUCCAAUUCAAGUUUCUUCUUAUAAAGCUUCAAAUUACUCUGCUUUAAUAGUAAAGCCUUGUACUGCUCUUCCAGCACCAUGUCGUGGGUUAUUUUCCUCUUUGGGGGCUUUUCGCUUACCUCCUUGAUAGUUUUUUUUACAGGAAGCGGUGUCUUCGACAACUUUGGUCACGGCUUCGUGUUUGCUUAUUAACUCGUCGGGCUUCUCAGCAACAGAAUUAGGGGUCUCAUCGGCAGAGGUCUCGCUCGACACCACCUCGAGGACAAGAGUUUCUGGACCUACGGACCAGCCAGUCUUAUUAGAUAACGAAGCACCACAAUCUGUUGAAAUGCAGUGUUUUGAACUGCACUUGACUGCCUUUCUAAAAGGCAGCCAUAUUUAAUUGAUUAGAGUUGGCCGCUGGCCGAAGAUUGUAUUUGAAGCCGAGAAGAGAAGAGUGUGCCGAGGCAGACUUUUCGGCGCCAUUUGUUUUUUUGUUUACAUGGGAGUACAUGUAAAAGAAAAUAAGAAAGAAACAAAAGUCUAAAGUCCGUUAAUUUUCACUUUGCUUUGUGUUUGUUAGCGAAGUAUACAUUUUAUGCAAGGUAUGGACAUUGAGAGGUAUUACAAUAAUGUUUCCAUUUAUAAACUUACCUGUUUCAAACCCCUGUAACCCAGUAAAUGACGGUGUGUCACUGAACAUGUUUAUUAUUUUUAAACUGGCUUCUGAUGGGUUCGGGGGAGCAUGGCCACCACCUGUCUUCUUCUGUUAACUUUAAAGGAACUGAAUUCUCUUUUUGCGUGACUCUGGAGGUUUUUCCACUUGUCUCGUACUUCCUGCGUUGAUCUUGCUGUCACACCGACGGCGUUUACCGCCUCCGAGAUUUCUUCCCAAAUCUGGUUUUUUUUUGCAUUUGUUAUACUGUUGGUAAAUUUACUUUGAAGAAUGUCCAUAUUUUCUUCAAAUUUUUCCGUUAAAACGGAAAUUUCAGCGGGUGAAAAGUUUGCUUUCCGCACUUUCUUCGCUGGAGAAGCCAUAUUGACAAAAAUAAAUUUCCGGCAAUUUUAUGACGUAAACUGGCACAAAAUAAAUUAUAAUUAAUUAAUAUAAUUCAUUUUAUGCUUAAUCGCGGAUUAGUAAAUCGACCGAGUAAUCUCCCUUUGAACAACCGUUUUUUAACCAACGAUUAACUAACCCACGAUUAAGAAAUUUAAUCGCCGAUUAGGCCUAAUCGGUGAUUAGUUUAAUCGCGGUUUUGAACAACCGGGCCCUGGGCACUGUUUUGUAAUUUAAACGAUCAUAAAACGCGUAGGUAUCCAGGUAAAUAACAAAUUUUCGGGCUGAACACAUACUGAAGAAAUGGUAUCGAUAGUAGAAAUGUGGUGCUAGAUAGUUGUUAUUUUUGUAAAGUGAAUGACCUCAAUUUCUAAGGAUAUCUAGAUUUUCAUGUCUGUACAAACCACAAAUUAGAAGAGUUAGAACCUUGUGGGAAAUACGCAUCUCGGCAGGAACAAUGAAGCAAAUAAAUUUCUUGCAAUUAAAAACUCAAAACGAAAUCUACCCACGACUAUUCAUUUAGCUUGACUUAAUUUGGUUUAAUGGUUAAUUUUAUCAUUUUCUGUUUUAUCUUUACCUUUUUUAUAGGGGCAUGUAUCGAUGUGGAUCUUGGUUUGGAAAAUGAGAGAAUUUCAGAUGGUAACAUAACCGCUUCUUCAGUACAAAAUGCUAGCACACCAGCCACGAAUGGUAGACUGAACUACACAUCGGGAUCAUCAUGGUGUGCAGGAACAAGUGACACUAACCCAUAUCUACAGAUUGAUCUACAGGCACUUCAUAUCAUCUGUGCUGUGUCUACCCAAGGGAAUUCUCAAGCAGAUCAGUGGGUGAAGAACUACAAACUACAAUUUUCCAUAAAUGGGACAACUUGGACAGACUACAAGGAAGCUGGACAAGUUAAGGUACAAAUAUACAUCUUGUUUUACAUGUAUUUCAUGUAGUGAAAAAUACAUGAACAUUGUCCUCACAAAUCAGAUUUUUUUGUACUAACAUAGGCUGCCUUUUGUAACAAUCUCAUUUUUUCUUCACCUAGUCACCAAUUUACUUGAAGCCUACAGUGAUUUUCAUUAUGUAUCUAGGUCCUCGUAGGGAAUGACGACAGAAACUCAGUGGUAAAGCAUGUUGUUUAUGGACUACUGACAAGGUAUCUGCGUUUCUUGCCACAAACUCACCAGGGUCUGGUGUGUAUGAGAACAGAGGUGUUUGGAGUGAAACAAAAGCCAGGUAUAUGUGCAGGCAUGAUAAUAUUACAUAAUCAAAGGAAAGUCAAUAUAUACAUUUGUCAUAUUGCUGGCAGUGCCUGUGAGCAAUAUAAAACAAAUCCUGUGUUCUGAUUGGCUACCUGAGCUGAUCUGGUCUGCUCUUUGAUCCUGUGUAAGAAAAAGUGGACUUAAAAAGUUAGUAACCUUUGCAUAAUGGCAGUGAUAAAGUUGCAAAAAGUAGCAGAAGAUAGUCAAAACAAAAAAAAAAUGUAAGCAACCUUUUUGGGUUUAUUAUGCUAAAACACAGUUAGCUUUCUUUCCUGGCUCAUGAAAUAAACAAGACAUUCUUGAUUCUUAGUAAAGCAAAAUUUUAGCUGUAUAAUAAAUUCUUUAUUGACCAAGCUUGUUCAGUUAAGAUGGCUGGAUAUUAGCUUGGUUAUUUUUUCCAUUUUUGUGGACCUUGACUUUGUCUCAGUCAAUAAAAUUAUGAAGAAAGGAACUUGGCUGGUAUACAGCCAUCUUGACCUCACACUUGGUCAAUAACCCAUUUAUAUAUGCAGAUUUUAUAUUCUGGUAUUCUUUGAUACUUUUUUAAAGGGUUUGCUUGCUUAGCAAGUUUAUUGUUCAAAAUGAAGUUUCUUUGAAAUUAUCUUUGCGGGAGGUUUUGUCAAUGUUAAGUGAAAUAUAGACAAACAAAGGCUUGACAAAUUGUAGUAUGUUGCAAUUGUUAAAUAAACUGAAUAACUAGGCAAAAGGUAGCCAUUUUAUAACAGAACUGAGGAAAUGAUAGAGAUAGCUUUCAUCUAAAAUGGGUAAAUCAUAAGCUAUUGUAGGAUUGAACUAUAACAUGAAACUAAUUGGCACAAAUAUCUCCUACAUGACACUAUUUGGUUCAGAGAAGUGUAGGUACAGUACAACUACAGAUAACAAAAAAGGUGUGGAAGGAAAGCCAAGAAUUUUGGAAAAUAACUACACAACUAUUUUUCUUUUGUUAUACAAUCUCUUGAGUGGAACCACUCUGUUACAAUCAUGGUAAGUUUUUCCUGGCCCAUGUGGUAACAUUUUCUUCAAUAUUUGUUCACAGAGAACCUUGCCCUGAGGAAGGCUACAGCUCAGUCUUCAACAUUCAACAAUAUUGCUGACAAUGUUUAUGGUGUGUCUGGAAACGCAGUGGAUGGAAAUCCUGACACUAACUUUUUAAAAGGGAGCUGUUCACAUACAUCAAAAGAAAACCCCAGUUGGUGGAGAGUGGACCUGGGUUCAGACCAUGUUGGUGUCUCUGAAAUUCAUAUAGUCAACAGGUUCUCACAGCACGUGGUAACUGAAGACUACAAAAUAACAUUUGGUGAGUUUUAUUACCCUUUAAUUGAAUGUAAGGUCAACCAUGCAUACAUCACCUUAUAAUCAGCUGCUAAACAACAGGCCAGUUUGGAUGUUACAGGAAUUUUUGAAACCUCGGCUAAGCUGUAUUGACCUUGUUAUUAAUCAGCCCAGAUGUUUUUUACUUGUCAUUGCUCAGUCAAUACAAGGCCUCAGUUUAAGAUUUUCUCUCAAGGUCUAUUCUUGUACAUGUACAUGUAAAUGGGACUGGAGUACUGGAACCAGGGUACUCAAGUGUCAUCAUUUGUCUACACUGUACCUUCACAUGGGACACUCAGAAGUUGACCUCCAGUAAUAAUUUUUUUACCUGGCCACUCUGUUAAGGCUAUUAUGACACUUAGAAAAUUAAUGCAAUUAAAUCCUUGUUUUGGCAGUUUUAAUAUCUUUUUUAUAUGCCAAAUAACAUUUCCAGGAUGUUUACUUUGUUAAAGAAUCUAUUACAAAUUGAUCAUGUUUGCCACAUGGAACCAAACUCUACUAGUAAUUCUGACUUUCAGUGCCUCAUAAUCUGCAGGUGGCUCUGAUGAUGUGUCACUUAACCCCCCCUGUGGAGGACUCUAUGAUUUUCAUAACUUCACUGCAUCAGCUGUUUGUUUUACCAAUCCACUGAAAACUGGUAGAUAUGUAGGGAUUUCAACCACAAAGGAACAAAGUCUUCAGCUUUGUGAGGUAGAAGUCUAUUCACGAGGUAACUUUUCACUUAUUCUUUCUACUAAACUUAAUGUAGUGGUGAAGUCACUUUUCCUCUUUUAAAAAUUGACUCAUCCAAGACUUUUUUAUAUAUCUCAAAACAUAUACGUACUGAUGUAGUUUGAACAUACUUAUGUUUGCAUGUUUAAUGUGCAAACUGUAUUUACCAUAAUUACUACAGCCAAAAGUCACACUGAAUUUUAAGUUGCACAAAAGCCUUGAAAAGGACACCUGAUUUUAUAAUUAUAUUGAUAAACAAUGGAAUGUAAUCAAAAGUAGUUAAAUCAACAAGUGCCCUUGGAAUAUGUUCUUGAAGAGUGGAUAAAUUGAGACUCUUGUUUAAUCUCACAGAAACCCUUUAACCAUAAAGAUCUUAGAAAAGUUUUGUUGGGAAUUAUUUUAUAGUCAUGCUUGUGAGAAAUGUCUUUUGAUAAGUAAUUUAAAUAUAGGUUUAUUUGCUAUUUGAAUAUAUGUAUAUAAGCACACUUUUCCUUUCUUGAUAUUUGGGUCUUAAAACUUACCUUUGGUCUGUUGCCUUAAUAUUAAGUGUCUAAGAAUGGUACAAUUUAUCUUUGAGUAUGUCAGCAAUUUUAAAUCUUCAAUUGUACAAUCAAUCAAGCAAUAUAAGUAUGUCUCUCUAUUAAUUUACCUGUUAAAGAUGACCAGUAGAAUUUAUAUAGUAGUACAUUGUAGCUUAAGAAUUGAGUAAAAUGCCAUAAUUACAAUGGAGGUAUAUUUUUUAUUUCAAAAUUUACACAUACACCUGUGCAUGAUUUUUUUCUUAUAUCAAAGUUAUUACAGUUUGGUGUCCUUUGCUUUCCAGCUUUUUGGCAAAGGCUGGUACAUCUGUAGGCUGCCCAAAAUGUAAUAUCUACCAUCAACCAGUUUUUUAAAAAUACCCUUUGUUUUAAUUUUUCUAUGUAAUGUACAGUGUAACAAACAUAUUCAAUACAACUCCAUGCAACUGUCAUUCUAUGAUCAGUAUGCAGACAGCGAUCAUCUUUGUCUAAGGAAACUUUUCUUUUUUGUGUGUGUGUACAUUUUCUCCUAGAAAAUCUGGCAUUUCGAAAACCAACAUAUCAGCAGACAAAGACAUUAGAAAAUGGCACAAGUGAUAGAGCGGUUGAUGGAAAUAGCAAUAUGGACUUUUGGGGUGGAUCAUGUUCAUUUGUGCAAAAGAAUCCAUUUCCAUGGUGGAGAGUGGAUCUAGGACAAGAUGAGAUUGUGACUGAAGUGUAUGUGGUCGGUUUACUUGAUGUAGAUCGUCUGAGACAAUUUGAGAUCAGAGUUGGUAGGUUAAUACUCUUACAGUAAUGGUUAUUUUUGAAGUGGUCAAUGCACUCUUAGCUUAAUGUCCUCAAGAAAAGAGGGGAAAAUGGUGUGCUGUGGUUUCUGGCUUUGACAAAAGCUGGAUUGGACUAGGUUGGAUCAUGGUCAGGAUCAGGGAUCAGAUCAUUGGUUGCAUCACAGACCAAAAAAAAAAGGUUUAAAAAAUUAACCCAAAAAAAAAAAAAUAUAUAUAUAUAUAGAGUCUAUCUUAGCAUAAAGUGCUCAAUGCUGUGGUAGCAGAGCUAAGUAUACAUAAGUUAAAGAAUUAAAGAGAACGCGUCAAUUCUCUGUCUGAAUCAAUGCGUCCUCUUUAAUUCUUUAACUUGUGUAUAUAUAUGUAUACACAUUAUAUUAUAUAUAUAUAUAUAUAUAUAUAUAUAUAUAUAACUGUUUUUAAAAUAAUAAUAAAUAAAAAUAAGAUUGAAAAACUAAAACAUGUUAAUUUAUAUUAGAAAUGUUGCAUGACAAGCCAAAAUGAAAUCUGUGUGACGUAAAAAAUUGCUUUACAUAAAUUGCACACAAAAGUUAUGUAUUUCAGCUGUCAUAUUUAAACCAUUCUUACUCCUCACCAAGCCUCUUCUUUUGCAUGUGGUUAGUAAUAUUGAAUGUGAGGUGAUAUGAAAAAAAGUUAGUUAAAUGCAAGAAGAUUUCAUUUUCAAUGUGAUUUACAAAAUAUGGUAAAAUACUUCUCCAGGAAACCAAAGUGCUCGUUUAUGCUUUGGUCAUGGUGAUAUAAACAAGUGCUAAUAAACUUCGCAGCAUAUGAUUUCAUUUUGCUCUGCAGUUUUUUUAAUUCCCCGUGUUUUCAAUACAUUCUCAGAAAUAAUAGAUUGAGAAAUUUCUAUCUGUUUGAAUGUUACUUCUUUGAGUAGAAAUGAUGAAAAAUCUGAUUUUUGCCCGUGCAAAUGGAGAGUAGACUCAUACACAUAUAAAUACGGUAAUAACUGACUGAUGAAGUGAUUCGUACCUCUUGCUAGCCUUUGUCCAUGGUGGCACUACACAAAACUCCUGGACUUUUACUUUGAGGUAAUUUGGUAUUAUUAAUGAGUUGAUAAUGUAAAUUGGCCUCUGUUAACAUUUCAGAAGCUGAUGUUUCAAGUGUUAGCCCUUUGUCAGAGGGAAACAUUCCUUUGUCAUUCACUCUGACAAAGGGCUAACACUCAAAAUCUCAUCUUUUAAAAUCUGAACAGGGGCCAAUUUAUUUGUAUUAUCAACUCAGUUGAUAAUACCAAUUUACCUAGUCAUAUUCUCCCACCGACACAGCACCACGGUUUCUUCAGAGACUUAGCCCCUUAUUCAUUUAAUCUUAUAUUUUGUUUAUUAUUAAUUUUUCAAACCUUUUUUUUCUGAUCCAUAAUCCAAUCUGAUCUGGUCCUGGUUUUUGUCAAUGCUGCUGUGGUUUCCACAUUCUUGUCAACCCUCAGCCACAGCUAUUUCUGUUUGAACAUGCAUCAUAUAAUUGCUGUUAGGUUUAGAUGUUGGUGUUUUGAUUUGACAGUUGUACACAUAGAUACCCUUACAUGGUUGUGCUCUGCUGGUUCCUCUUUACCAAAAGGAACUGAGUUUUAGCUUCAGGCAACUGGAAAACAUUGCCAUUUUACUGAGCGGGUUGGCUGGCUGUGCUCUUUUUACUCUCUUUUCAAGUUGGAUGCAUGAUUAUGUUCAUUGGCUAAAAUCAUUAGUUUUUUUAUUGUUCCACAUGAUUUAACAAUAAAUGUGUAACAUGAGUCUGAGAAAUGGCACAGAUGUAAACAUGUCCUAUUUUUUAAUUUAAUGUUAUACUUUAUAGUCCAUUUUUAUCCUUUUGAUUAAAAUCACUUAUACAUUUACCAGUGUUUGAAUGAAGUAUAGCAUAUGAAAGUUUUUCUCCAUGCAAAUUAGUCAUGUUUUCCCAUCACUUGAUAUAUUUUCUUCACUGAGUUUUGUGGCCUGUAGACAGUUUCCCUAAUUAAACUCAGUGACAUUGAAAUGGCUGCUGCCAAAUGACAAAAGGGAAGAAUCUUCAUAAUUUGAAGGAACAGGAGCAGUUUUGAUAGUUAAGGGGCUACAUUGAAAUUUUAUUGGGAGCUCCGUCUUGAUGAUGUGUAAAAUAACUGCCAGACAACCACAAGUAUUGGCAGGGACUAGCUUAUUACAAAUAAUAAUACUAAUAGCAGUAUCUAUUUCUGGUAAUAGGCCAUUUUACAGUUGUGUACUUAGUUGCCAAGCCUUUGAUUUGGAGUGAGGCUGAAGGUGACCUUGUUGUGUUAGAGACCAGAAUCUAGUUAGCAUGAGAAAAAAUUAAUUUGCAUUUCAAAAGCAGCAAGGUUUGUAUCAUAACAAGGUCACCCUUAGCCUCACUCCUGUUCAAAGGCAUGGCAACCAAGCACACAACUGUAAAAUGGACUAUUGGCUUGUAUUACUAAGCAUCAUGCCCUUGCUAUGCAUAACAUUUGAGUCAGUCUAGCCUACGCACUCGAAAAAGGGCAGCUUUUAUUAAGGCAAAGGCUCACUAGGGAGGUAAAUCUUGCUUGUUUUGAAAGUGGAUAUCUCUAUUUGAUCGGUAUAUGUCUUAUUUUACAGUCAUCUCUUUGAAGUUGUUUGCACUUUUUAACAGUGAUUUAUUAUUACGAUAUUCUUUCAGGCACAGUAUCAAGUAUUACUGAUACUAGUAUGACUAGUCCCAAAUGUGGUAGGGCAGCUACUCAUAACCUUCCUAAAGGAGUAGGUUUGUCAUUCUUCUGCCAUCCUAGUUUGAAAGGAAGAUAUGUCACCAUCAGGGAUGUUAGGGGAGGUAGAUCGGGAUUCAAUCUUUGUGAAGUUGAAGUGUAUUCAGAACAAAGAGGUAUGGCAUAUCUGGAUAUUUUGAAGAACUACUAUUAACUGCUACCUUACUGAGUUGGGGUUCCAAUCUACAUUCUCAGGAAAAUUUGCUAUUUAAUUUCUGUAUGUAGACAUGUAGGUACUUCAACAUUGUUAAAUAAAUGUAAACUGGUUGUGUGUAGCAGAUAAGUAUGAUAGUUUGGUUUAAAAGUUGAUAUAUUAUAUACAUGUACAUGUAUAAAUGUAUGUUGUGACCUAUUUAAACAUAAAUGCUACAAAUGAAAAAUGUGGCCCUUUGUGAAACUUUUAUUAUUAACCUGUAAAUCAGUAGUAAAGAAUAAUGGAGUGGUUGUGUAGUUAGCUGAUGGUGUAAGAAGACCACAUUCAGCACAUGCAGCACACUUGUGAUUGUUACUGUACAUGCAUGAUAAACUGAUUUGCUGGGUUGAAACCACAGUUUAUGGUAAUUAUGAUUGUCUAUUAACAGCAUGUCACAGUCAGGCCAUUGGUGUGACCAGCAGUGAUGCAAUUCCAGAUGGCAGCUUCUCAGCCUCAUCAUCUUAUAAUAACAACCGCAGACCUUCGGUUGGUCGUCUGAAUCAAAAUAGCUGGGGUUGGUUACCAAAGACUAACACCAAUCAUUCUGACUACCUACAAAUUGACCUGCUGUAUGAUUAUGUUAUCUGUGCUGUAGCUACCCAAGGAGCUAAUGGUGGUGAUCAGUGGAUAACAAAGUACAAGAUUCAGUUAUCAUUGAAUAGUACCACCUUUAACAUUUAUAGAGAAAACAACACUGAGAAGGUCAGUUUGAUCUAAUUGAAAUAUCGUGCUUAACUUGGUUGCAUUUUUUUUCAUAUAUUUUGUUCAUGUAGUUACAUAGAAAUACACUUAGUCAAGCCUAAUUUUAUGUAAAACAGAAGAGUAAUGAACAAUUAUUAUGUGAGAGGAUUUUAGCAUUUUAUGAUGUGUAAAUUUGAACCAGUUUUAUUACCAGGUCAAGUAUUGGUGGAAAUGAGUGAAAAAACUGAAAUGAACUGCAUAGGUCAGGCCUUUCAGGCUUUGAAAUGCUUAUUUUUUUUAAGGUGUAAUGUAGACCAGUGUUUGAUAACCUCUGAAUUGACUCAUUUUGUGAUUAAAACUAUUUUUGUUAGAGUUACAGCUGUAGAUUAUCCUCUUUCAGCACUGUUUCUGUGAUGGUGUUGCUUAAUUUUUAUUGGUUGGAUAUAGGCUUGCUGAUAUUCAAGCCAAGGAAAAGUCUGCAGUUACUUGUGCAUGGAAAGUUCAAAUUUUUUCGUACUUACAGUACAGCUCAUUCUGUAUGCAAAAAGCAGGUUAAAAAAAUAGUGUGCACAGGUACAGGUAGUAGUGUAGUGUUGCAGAAGUGAAUAAACAUGUCCAUGUAUAUCACUGUUCAAUUUUAUUUACUUUGACACAUAUGACUUGCUUUUGCAGAAAGCAUAACUUAUUGCUUUUUGCAACCUUUAAUAUUUUAGGUCUUUAAUGGAAACUCUGGGAGAAAUGACAUAGUAAAACAUGGUCUGAGGGAGUAUGCUUUGGCAAAGUUCAUCCGUUUUGUGCCAACAGAGUACUAUGGUUUUAAGGCAUUGAGAGUGGAAGUUUAUGGAGUUCUCCUAUCUACAGGUACUAAUUCUAUUUUCUCUGUAUCUUAUCAUUGAAAUCCUACAAGUGUUGUUAAAAAGUGGAAGGGAAUAUUAUGACUUACCUUACUUAAAAUUUUAUAUAAAAUCUGAUAUCAUAUGCUGAUACCAUGCUGUAGAAAAUAUAGCCAAUCAGAAUUCAGGAAUUCAAUGUAUAUUUGAUGGUUAAUUGGGCCCAUUCCUCUCUUUGUGUGCUGUGAUCUUAUUGCUGCCAAAAUCAAGCACACAAUACCAUUUCUAGUGUAUUUCAAGUGCUGUUUGAAUCAUGUCAGAGCCAAAUUCUUCCCUCAACAUUAAUGUUCAGGUAAUGACAGAAUACAAGUGACAUGUGGGAUAUUCCAUUGUAUACCACUCAGCAUUGCAUAACUGGUAGAUAUUUGAGUGAUAUAUGUAUAUGUUCUGUGUAUGUAAUCUUAUUUGUAAGUUAUCCCUGAAUUUAAGGAAAUCAGAUUACCACUUACUCACUUACUAAAUGGCACUUAUUUAAUCCAUUGGGAAUGAAUGAAGUCACUGAAGCCUGAAAGAACUUGAAAUUCUGAGUUGCAAAGUUUUAGGGAGGACACAACCACUGUGAUGGUACUGAAAUAACACUUCGUCAUUAUUUUAAAACAACUUUCAUCUUGUUGACUAAUUCAGUUCCUUUAUAGGCACAUGACCAUUGUGAAACUGUAGAAUUAAAAUAUCUUAUAAUCAUUUUUACUCAACAAUCCAGUUCCAUCAGAAGCUCCAGGUAACUUCACUGUGACUGCAACCUCAUCUACUAGUAUAAGAGCAUCCUGGACAUCACUGCCAGAAUAUGCCAGACAUGGAACAAUAACAGGAUAUAAGUUGUUUUACAGACAGAAGGGCUCAGUGGACAAUUCAGUCAUGGAGUCUGUUAGUGGAGCUGCAACAUUAACUAAAGAUUUUGCUAAUCUUAACAAGUAUACCAAAUAUGAAUUUCAAGUGUUGGCCACUGGAUCUCGUGGUGAGGGACCAAAAAGUUCUGUAGUGGUUGGGCAGACAUUGGAAGAUGGUAAGAGGCUAAAACUGAACAAUGUCGGUUGUAAGAAACAUUUUUUCCGAAAAAACACAUAGCUUUUUUUAAUGAGACUGGAAUAUACUUCACAUGUACAUCUUGCCAGGUUUAUUGUAAUGAUAUCAUGUAUGAUAUUGUCAGAGUUAAGCUAUUAUAAUUAUUAGUAUAAUGAAUUAACUGCUCUCUACAGUUUAAGUGAACAGGUAAAAAUGCAUCAUCUAAUUUGUAAAUUUUUUCUGCCAAAGGUCAAGUUUAUUUCAUUGUAGUUUAAAUAAUAACCUUCACCUUCCAUUUCUUUACUACUUUAGCACCAAGUAUUCCCUCAAACCUUUCGCAUUCUGAGAUAAAACCAGAUAAACAAGUUGGUCCAAAGAUAAAGCUCACCUGGGAUAAGCCAGCAAAAGAAAAUGGAAUUAUCAGGCAUUACACUGUGUUUUAUAGUCACAAUGAAGAUCCUCAUAAUAUUCAUACUGAAACCUUAGGAGGAAACAUGUUAAGUUAUACAGUGGAUGUGUUAGGUGGGGCCACCUAUCAGUUCCACGUCAGAGCUACAACAAUCAAACCUGGACCAAAUGCAACCUUGUCUGUUGCUGUUAAUGAUUAUGGUAGGUGUACAUUAGAAAAGAUUAUAAUCAAUAGGCCAUUUUUUAUAUAUUAAAAUUCUAACAUAGCUCUAAGGCUAGGGGGUAUAAAGCAAAAGGAACUAAUCAUUCAUCCCUCAAACUCAAUGUGAUUUCCUUUGCUUUAUUCCCCUAACCCUUGCCACCAAGUUCGAAUUUUAAUACAUCAUAAAUGGACUAUUAGAUUCUCUUUCAACUUUAAUGUUAUUUGACAAUAAGUGAUAUCAAGGUACAUGUAGACAAGUUGAGAACAGCUGCAUUAUAGGAGUUGUACAGGAAGGACUCUCCUUAUCCACUUCAAGUGUUUCUCAAUAUACAUGUUAUAGUGAAGGACUGGUGAGCAUGAUUGUAUUGAAUGUGAAUGACUACAUUCCUAAAAAAAAAAAAACAAACAUGUGAUGAAGGAUAAAGGAGGGAAGAAUUACUGAAACACAAUUCAGGUAAACUUUGGGAAUAAGGUUUUGAUCAAAUAUUAUUCUAGAAAUAGUCAUUAAAUUUUUUGUUCAAUGGCUGACAGCUGAUCACUUAUCUGAAUUGGUAUGUUUUUGUUUCCUUUUUUCAGAACCCAGUGUAGCACCAAAUGAUGUGUCUUUCAGUUCACUGAACCAAACAACCUUCAAUAUUUCAUGGUCACCUCCACCUAGGAAAGAGAGUUACGGCAAAGUUAUCUCAUAUGAGGUCAAGGCAUCAUUGGUGUCUUCAGGAAGUAGACAAAAGAGAUCUCCAGCCAACAGCAAAACUGUUAACACAACGAGAGCAUUUUUUGUCCUGUAUGAUAUUCAGCUUUGUUACAAUGUGUCUGUUCAAGGAUACAGUGUGUCUGUCCGAGCAUACACCAAAGCUGGCCCUGGACCAUAUAGUCAACCCUUACCUCUGAAAAUACGUGAGUAUCAUUUUUUUUCAACAGAUUAGAGCAUGCAAAUUUUUUCUUUGAAUUCAUUAAUUUAGACUGCAUAGAAGCUUAAUGUUUAAACUGAUUCAAAAUCAUAGUAAGAGUAAGAAAAUGGAGGUAUUUUGGUUUUCUUUGGUUGUAGCUUCAUUUGGCUAAUAACUGGGAAAUUGAUAUAUUGAAUAGGGAGAGAUAUUCAAAAUGCACCUAGUGUUUCUUAUAACUUAUCACUGCAAUUGACUGUACAUUUUUUUCCACAUUCACUUUUAUUAUUAUCAUUUAUUAUCAUACAAAGAAAAAAAGUACAGAAAAAAUAGGAAAUUAAAAAGAGUGCAUAUACUGAAUACACAAAAGAAGAAACUUACUCUGGAAUCUUAAAAGGCUAUGAUACUUACAUUGCUUUACUUCCUAAUAUGACAAAGUACCAAAGGCACCCAACAACCUGAGGGCAACAGACUCUCAGUCCACAGAGAUGACACUGGAAUGGGUGAGACCCCAACCUGCUAUGGAAGAAAAGUGGAAGGUGAAGUGCUUGCUUUCUUUUUUUCAGUGUACUUUGCUGUAACAACUUGGGUUUUGACACAAUUGUACACAACUCUUUGAAUCUGAGAAUCCUAAACUACUAUUUUUGUGAUUUUUGUAAUUCAUAACCCAAAGAGUGUUUUUUAACCCUUUAACUCCCAAAAUCUCAUUAGUAAUUCUCCUUACUGUCUGCCAUACAAUUAUUAUGAUGUCAAUUUGGAGAAAUUGGUAUUGAAUCAACUAAUAAUCCCAUAAUUGAUAUUUUACUUUAUUCUCAUCACUUGUCUGCUUGAUAUUGUAUCGAUAUUGUAAGGAGAAAUUUUGUCUUGAUCACUAAUGGGAGUUAAAGGGUUCAAGGAGAACAGAUGGAAAUGACUUCUGUCAUAAUGAGUAUGAUGCAUAAGUGUACUAGAGUACUGGUACCAUCAGUAUGACUACCAUGUGGGAGCAGCUACUGUAAUAAGUGAGAGGAGUUAUAUGUACAUGCACAGCUGUAUGUUGUUUUGCAUGUACAUGCCACAACUCCUUUAUAAAAUAAGGUUUUUUUGUUUUGUGCUGUGAUCAUGAAAAUGCACGUCCACGUGGGAGAUUUUAUUUGUAAAUAAAUUAGUGCAGGUGUGGUAUUUACUGUAUCUGCAUUUGACUCAAUUGUUUGAUUGUUAAGGUUGAGUACUCUGGGAAAAAGUCUUACAACAACAGCUUUUCACACGAAGGCAGCAAAGAUGUACAGGGAGCAACAAAAUAUACCCUUGUUAACUUGGUACCGGGUACCAAAUAUGACCUUCGGGUUUAUGGAAUCUCAAAAUGUGGAAACAACGGAUUCUCUUCAUCUUUGGAAGUAAAAACGAAAGUAGGAGGUAAGCAAUAACAUGUAGGUAACCAUUUGACCCCAAGAGUGACUAACAUCUAAUUUCUCCUUACAAUAUCAUCCCUGAAUCACACAAUGUGGUCACAGGAAUAAAGGAAAUGAUCACCUACUAAAGUAGCUUCUGAUUGUUGAACAAAUCCUCCUUAUUAGCACCUUAGGAAAUGUAUGGGAUCAGUAUGGAGAAUAUGCAUCUUGAAAUUGAUGUAAAUAUUUUGCGAAUCAUGUUAUUAUAUUUGUUUUCUUCCCAGAGCCAUUGGCUCCAGUUGUACCAUCACUGACCACCAGGAAGGUCGCUGGGUCGCAGGCUGAAAUUGAACUUUGGCCUGCAGAACAAAGGAAUGGUCCAAUAAGGUGACUGUUAUUUCAAUAAUAAUUGAGAUCUUGUUCAUGUAAACUCUUUGUUCUUAAUAUUUCAGUGAUCUCUGUGACGUUUGAUCCAAAUAAUUUUUGUUAGUAUACACCACUCCGGUGAAUAGUGCCUCUGCCCGUACUGAUCGGCUAGUUGGGAAGUGAAUAGUCAAGAGUUUUAUUUCCGACCUUUUUUCGGUAUCCUAAAAGAAAUAAACUUGUUUUUCGUAUUUGUGUGUUAUAUACUAGCACAAGUAUUCACGUCAGUGUCGGUGAAAGUGGUGGAUACUUGCCUCCACUUUGGCGAAUGAUUGUUAAUAAUUGUUUUUUUUUAAUAUUCCAGUGCUUAUCAAGUCAUUGUUCUGAGAGUUGUUGAUGGUGUUGAGGAGCUUCCCACUGAUUAUAAAUCACAGCUGGAUGGUUCAAACAAAGACGGAUUGACCUUUUAUGUUGCUGCUGAGAUAGAGAACAGUCCAUUAUACGAGAAGCCUUGGAAGUUUACCGUUGGUGAUGAAAAUUCAUACGGACCUUUUGUAAACAAAGAACUUAAGAGAGGAGAUAACUACAUUGUUUAUCAGAGAGCCAUAACAAAUGUCAAUGGUGUAAGUGAAUUUUGGUAAUCAUGAUCUACACUACGUGUAUAUAGGGCAGUAUUCAAUUGUGUCGAAAAACCAAAAGCAAAGUAAUCGCAGCGACCAAUCGUUAAUAAGGUUUACACUAUCAUACACCAAUAAGAACUCAAAGUGAAAACAAGCAAACUGCUUGAAGCGCGGGAAAACGCGAGUGACCAAACCACGAGGGGUUUAAGUUUUGAAUCUGAUUGGUUGAAAAGGUGGCGCGAGUCGACAGUAUUUAAUUUUCUAAAAGACAAAUUUGUUACUUAUGUCGCAAAAGAAAUUUGAUACUAAUUUCCAUGAAUUUCAUGUCCUUUCUAGUACGUUUAUGGAGAGGUCAGCAGAGUCGCUAAGAUUUCUGUUGAAGCAGGUAAACGUUACCUUUCUUAACGUUGUUUACGUUAUGACGUUAUUUCAUAAAAAGGGAAAUACUUUUUAUAGACCUUGUGGCAAACUUCGUAGAGUUCUGAUCUUUGUUUCAAUCGGAACAUGUUCACUUGUCAAUUAAUAGUAAGAAUUGGCUAUCUGUGACAUCGCAUCUUAUUUUUGUUGGUAAUGUUUCUCGCAGUCAGAGUGCGAACCGGUCUGGAGAAUAAACGUGGAAAACGAGAUUAUAUGAAUAAAAGUGCAUAAUAUUUCAAGCAUUUAUAGUUUUUUCCCGUGGUAUUCGAGUCUGAGACGAGGAAAGUCGCGAAAAGUGAUUUACAAAAUUUUUUCUUUUAGGGGCAAGCCGAGAGAAAAAAAACAAUUAUAAUUGAUGUUUUUUAAACAUUAGUUCCCGAUAAAGGGUAGUGAUCCAAAGUCUCGAGAUAUACACUUUAUUUGGAAAAGAAGAAGAAAAAGGAAUUGAAAAUAAUGUUCAUCAUCAAUGUAGUACCAAUUCUCCGUAUAACUUUGAGUUUACUUCAGAGUAGUUCUUUCAAAAGUGAAUGUUUUUAUAUUUUAUUUUAUUUUUCAGUGGUAGGAGAAAAUGACAAAUCCGAGGGUUCUGGUCCAAACGCCGCAGCUGUUGCUGUACCUGUGGUGUUGUUGCUACUCCUUAUUCCAGCAGUUGUUGUUGCGGUGUUCUUUUACCGAAGGUGAGUUAGUACCGCUAGAAAAAGGUAUACAACGUGUAGUUUUUCCGUCAAAAGGGAAAAAGGUAAAAUAGAAAGGUUCAUAUUACGACUAAAAUUCCCUCUAAGAGUAUACUUCUUUACUUCACUCUUCCUCUCGUUACUCACCUUACACUUUCGACAUUGCUGUUCCCAGCAAUAUGCAGGACGCUGAUCACAUAUGAAGCUAAUUGUGACUCACCUUAUGUACCUUUGAGUUCUUUCUAUAGCAGAGGUAGAGCAUCGGAGCGUAAAUAUGGAGUUCACUUCCUAGAGGGGGAUCUGGUUAACAGUUAUAACCUAUGUUGCCGUGUGUCGUUCAGUAAUAAAUCACAGAUGACAUCAAAAUGUGGUAAAAACGAAAAAGUGGCAUUCGAGGCGCAACCAAGCGUGUCACUGAUGUUCUUCCACAUUUUGACGUCAUCUGUGAUCUAUUCCUGAUGAGACUCAUGGCAGCUUGGAAUCUAUUUGUUUCAUAUGAUAACAAAUCAGAAUGUUGUUAAUGUUAACGUCACCUCCUCGUCUGUCCUCCAACAGAUCAUAAGAACCAAUCAAAAGGCGUGCAUGAUUCAGCUUAUAUAAUUUUUACGAUACCUCACGCUCGUGACAAAAACCAACCACACCUUUCGUUACCCUUCUUUUUUUUUUAAAAAAUUAAUAGGAGGAAGCAAUCACAAAAGGAGAGUGAUAAAGAUAAGUUUUCAGUUCCACUAAAUGACAUCCAGAAUAGUCCAGUUCCUGGCUCAACCGGAGCAGUUUAUGAAAACCUGAAUUUUCGCGCUGACAAACAACAACAGCAAGGUAUGAUAAACGUUUAACUCAGUGACGUGCCCCUUGUGUGGUUUAUGUCAUCAGAAACUGAAUCUUAGGAACACCCUUUUGUGAUCAAACCAUCUGCUCAGGUAAGGUGUCUAGUUAUAGACGAAUGCCAAACUUUUAACCGGAUUGGUAUACUUCGACGUCUGUAAAACCCUCCCAUCCCUCUAUUUUGCUUUUUUAUUUCCAGUUAAUCUUCCUUUUAAUCAGUUUGAACAUGAACAUGUACUGUCCUUUUUGUUCGAUGCACUCACACGUCGCCUUCGUUAUUGCCAAUGCUAGUAUUAUGCCAGGACGUUUGUCACACCUGAAUGAACACUAGCUCACCAUAAAGUUCUAUGCUGGUCAGUGGUAGAGCUUUAGGGCGCAGAAUCUGAGCGCCUCAAGUUUGAUUCCUCAUGGGGAUUAGACUCUGUUUCUUUCUUCCGUGACUAGACGAAAAAACAUCUUUCUUUACGAAGUCUCCCUCGUGAUUUCUAAGAUCUGAUCUUUCACGCGAAACUAUUACCAAAUCCAGUGACACUAUUACCCAAGCUCAGUGACUGGUUUAACUCUUUGCUCCCACGAUUGAAUUGGUAAUUCUCCCUACUGACUGCUAUACAUUUCCUUGGAGAUAUAGAGCUGUGAAUUUUGAGGUUUAUCAAGAUGAAACCCUCCAGCUGAUAAACUUGUUUAUCCUUAAAACCUGUCAGCAAGAUAACAUAUUUGAAUCGCUUGGAGAAAUUAUAUGUUCAUCACCUAUGGGAGUUUAAGGUCUCAGUAAUGACCCUAACUUAACAGAAUCAAUUGUAGUUUCUUUGUUAAAAUUAAAAAUGACCCCUUCUCCUCAUGUUGAAGAGUCAGUUGAAAACGUUCACCCUUUCCCGUAAAAUUUUUAAUGUAAAGGUGGAUAAAUCCGCUGUAAGAAGUAUGGUAGACUACUCCAACAACUGGUCACGCGCACUUUCCUGGUUGACAGAUAUGAACAACCUAUGUGCACAUCCCAAUCCAAACCUUCCAAGGGAGUUUUCAACCAAUGAUAUAAGUGUUACUCUAUCUUACGACCUCUGAACUCUUUUUUUUUUUUUGUAGAUGCUGUGGAUGCAUCCCCGCCCGAUGAUGAGGAACUUGUCUACAGUCAGCCUGAGGAUGGUAAACCCAAACCAAUUCCAGUGAAUGAGUUUCCAUCAUACUAUAAGCAAAAAUCAGAAAAUGGAGCGAUUGUGCUGCGAGACGAAUUUAAGGUAAGAUAUGUAAUGCCAUAGUUCUUUCAAAACUCAAGGCAUCAUUAUUUUUCACAGAGAAAUUAUGGGCUCUGCUUAGUAGACAGAGCUAAAUCAAAAGUCAAUUUUCGUUGGACACCGCCAUGUGUUAAACCACAACUCGCGGUUCAAAACGAGACAUCUGUUGCCCUGUUUAUCGAAAGAAAAUCAUUAAUUUACUUCAGAAUAGCUCCAAAUUAUUCAAAGGGGCGAAAAAAAAAAGAUAAUUAAGACGUAGCUGUGGCGUAGGUAAUCGGCCGGAGUGGAAAGCAGGUUUUUUCAAUCGCGUUGUUUCCUAAUGAAACUUUCGGCACAUUUAAAGACCAUUCUGGAGAGGAGAGAUUUCUGUUUGGAAUCUCAACACGCGGGCGGUGUCACAGGUUCAGACAUAGUUUUUAAUGUUGGAUAUAUAAAUAAUAAGAUUUCUGGAGCUUACUUUUCCUCGAACUGUGAGUUGUUUUUACGAGCUAACUUAUAAAGUGAAAAGCAAUGUCUAGUCAAUACAUCGCAAUAAGUUCCAAUGGAAUUUUAUGUUGGUCAUGAACUCUUGAUUAUUAUCCAGCAAUUUCCUGGAGGAAUGCAGGCGUCCUGGAAUGUUGGCAAGAAUAACAGAGCUAAGAACCGUUAUGGAAACAUAACUACUUGUAAGUAAUUCAUUUAAUUGCUAAACAGUGUGCAUUCAUUUUGAUUGAGUUCCGUAAACCAAAACCUAAACGAAUUAAUUACAACAGCCAAUUGGAUCGAGCAAACUACUUUCAGCGGGGGAAAACCAGAAUUGGUUUUUAGUUGAGUGUUUGCAGAUGAUGUUACCACAUUUUGACGUCGUCUGCGAUACAUUACUUGACAGAGGUACUGCAAAAUGUAAUCUGUUUGUCUUAUGUAAUAAAGAAGGCAAAAGUUGUCAAUAGUGAUUCCAUCUACAUUGGUAGGUGCAUCUGUCGUCUUAUAAGUUGUUUCAAAGAACCAAUUUUUUUUUGCAUGUAUAGUUUAGUUAAUCUUAAAAUUUGGGGUUUUAUCAACUGAGUUGAUGAUGUAAAUUGGCCACCUUAAAGAGUUUCAAAGCUGACGUUUCGAGCGAUACCCAUUCGUCAGAGCAUAUGACCAAUUUAUAUUAUCUACUCAGUUGAUAAAACCAAAAUUAUCUUGUUAUACUCUCCACUGACGUAACACCACGGUUUCUAUAGAAACUUACUCACUUUAUAUAUAAACCCCAAUUGACGAUAUCUGCUUCAAAAACGAGUCGCCGACACCGACGCAGCACCAGAGUUUCUUCAGAAACUUACUCACUUUAUAUAUAAAUCUUAAUUGACGAUAUCUGCUUGAAAAACGAGUCGCCGACACCGACGCAACACCACAGUUUCUCUAGAAACUUACUCUCUUCAUACGUAAAUUGUAGUUGACGACAUCUGCUUCAGAAAUGAGUCGCCGACACCGACGCAGCACCAGUUUCUGUAGAAACGUACUCUCUUUAUAUAUAAAUCUUAAUUGACGAUAUCUGCUUCAAAAACGAGUCGCGUAAGUUCCCUCUCUCGCUUAUUUUCCUGUCUUACACUCACAACUAACUUAUGACCGUAUUCUUCAUUGCCAAGGUCAUCUUUAUCUUCGUUUUUUGACUUCAGCUAACUGACAUUCUCGUAAUUAACACAGGCUAACUCGAGCGUGUAGUUUGCUGUGACAAAGUGCGUAUUGAACGUUUUGAACUCCUGCAUAUCUUUGUCUCAGAUCCCUAGAGCUCCACUCAAAACCCAUUUUAAUGAGAGGUUUUGUUCAUUAACAGAUGAUCAUUCUCGUGUUGUUUUGGAAAAAAUCGAAGGCGAUCCAACAUCUGACUACAUUAACGCUAGUUACAUCCCGGUAAGUAGCCCAGUAAAUACACAUGCAGAGUUUUUUCCAUUAAGUUUCGUGAAACCAAAUCCAAAGUCAACGCGACGACCAAUCAGAGCAAGGGAAAAAUCUUAAGGAGCCAAUCAGAACGUGGGAAAAAUCUAAAAGAGUCAAUAGGAACUCAAAGUCAUUAUGAGUAAACUACUUAACUACUAAAGCGCGGAAAAACUACUCUAGGAAUAGAGAAAGAUGUUUUUCGUCUUGUCACGAGCAUGACAAGACGUAACUCUACCACUGAGCCACAGAGACUCUACGAUGAGCGAGGUCUAUUAUGAAGUUCAUAUGACAGAAUAAGAGAGAAAGACCACGCUCACCGUAGUAUCUCUGUGGCUCAGUGGUAGAGCAUCGGAGCGCGAAAUCCGAAGAUCUGAGGUUCGAUUCCUCAUGGGGAAUCAGAUUUCUUUUCUUUGUCUCACGCUCGUGACAAGAUGAAAAACCUCCUUCUCCAUUUCUUUUCCGAGCUCAAAACUUGCCAUCUCUCUCAUUCUAUUUAUUCUAGGAAUAAUAGUUUUCAAUUUAACAUCUGAUUGUGUGAGAAAACGAUGCCAAUGUUUUUGGCCAAUCACAGCGCGUACUUAGGGAAAGUCCUAAAAACAAACCCGAUUCAGUUCCGGAUUCUUUACAACUCUUUUUGUUACCAUUUUUCAAAUGGCAAUAAAGAGAAGCGUUUCAUUGAGGAAAGUCUACCAUAAAAGAGAUGUGUCUUUUUUAAUCCGCCAUUAAUUUUCAUUCUUGCGUUCAAUUUCCUUUCCUCAGACAUAUGACGAGAAAACAAUGUGUUACAUCGCCACACAAGGUAAUCAUUUUUAUUCAAGAAACCAUAAGGACUUUGUAUCAAGCUGUACCAUUUUGUCCAUGGUUGUUUUGUGAAGAUUUCUUUUUGCUGGCCAAGCUCAUUAACACAUCUAAAGAAACGUGUCUGCCUCUCUAAUUUGAUUCUAAAAAAAUACUCCUUUAGGUCCAAAUAGUGUGACAGUUAAUGAUUUCUGGCGAAUGAUUUGGCAGGAAAAUUGUUCUACCAUCGUCAUGCUGACAAACCUGGUCGAACUGGGGAAGGUAUGCCAAUUUUGCGUUUUCCAACUUUUCAAGAUCUUGGUUGGGUUUUCUAAACCCAAUUGACACCUAUCCUGGAUACGCUGCACGCAAACUUUUUACGUUACUUUAGCUGCGCCAAAUUCUGAUUAGUAUAGUACCAAUUCUGUUUUAAACAAUUCGAAGAAGAACUUUGUACGCGGUGAUGUGGCAAGAAAGUGGUCGCGAACUUGAAAUUUUAUUGCGACGCUGGUCUUGGUCAUGCUAAAUUUUGAUGUCUGUUUAUAGAGGGGGGCUAACUUGCCUUUCUGAGACUUUUUCCAUCCCUGUGAAGGAAAAAGUCUAUAAAUGAAUAAAUAAUCAUUUUUUUUGUGUUUACGCAUGUCGAAAUGGUGAGGGUACACGUGCUCAGGAGUGAAAAAAGAUCGUUACAACACUCAACAGACACUCAUAAAGGUCAUGGGUUGGAAAUCUCACUUCGCAGCCGAGAUGUCACGUAAUACUUUCUCCCCUCCCAACACUUCUUUUUUCGGGGGAGGGGGGGUGGGAAGGGGCGUGGGAUUGUUGUGAUGGAGAACAUUGGUUCGAUUAGCGCAUGUAUUAUGAAAGCACCGCAAUGUAUUACUUUUCAGACCAAGUGUGAGCAAUAUUGGCCAGAGAGUAAUUCUAAGCUUGGAGCCAUUACAGUUACUCUACGCAAGACUGCAGUGUUUGCCGAUUACAUUAUUCGGACAUUUAUACUUGUCAAAGUAAGAAGACUUACAGAUACUUUGCUCUGCAUUUUAUGAUUUAUCUUCUAUAUUUUAGAUAAUUUACGAACAACGCGUAGGCGGAUACUUUUCUUAGUUACUGUUGUUAAUUCUUCAUUUUUCAACAUACAUUGAAGAUAGCAGACGCAUCUGCCGAAAAAUGUUUAUUACAGCAGCUCAGAGUGUCAUGUUCUUAUUUAAAUAUCCACAAUCACAGCUGUUAUCUUAACACUUGAGUUUGAUUUUCAGGACUCAGAGAAACGUGAGGUACAGCAGUAUCACUACCUUACUUGGCCAGAUCGAGGUGUUCCUGCGCGUUCUUCAGCUUUGCUUGGAUUUAGAUACAAGAUUCAUACUCGACACCAGGCCACUGGUGGACCACUUGUUGUGCAUUGCAGGUAGAUAGCUAAAGGUUGUUACUUCUUAAAUGGCGUUAUCCCAUGCCCUAAGUUCAGUUCUUGUUGGAAAUUUUGCAAUUAAGCUUUUGCCGAGUAAUCUAUGAUUAGUAAUGCAGAGUCGUAAGACAAGAGAUGACGCUCAGCUGUAGUCGGCGAAGAAAACGAAGAUGAAGAAACAGCUAAACUUUUCCUUUUUCCGUGCCUUUUUGUGAAAUAAUGCAAGUAGGUAUUAUGGUACCCCCUUCACUGGAUUUAUCUGACUUGAUUCCUUCUUUUAUCCUAAGAAAUGGCUGGAAAAAAUGGACCGUUCCUGUCUCCGGGGCGGAUCCAGAAAUUUUUGAGCGGAGGGGGUCUAAAGUUUUAUUCAGAAAAUACAGAUAUGUUUACACACUAGAGCCUAAAUAAGCCAAAAAUAUGUCAAGGCUAGUAGAUAUUCAAUACUACCUUCCCCGUCUAGCGGAAUUGUGGCAGCCUUCGUUCGGACGACAAACCCUGCCCUUUACUUUAAUUAAUUAAUCUGCAUACCCCCUAUAACUUUCAAGGGGAGGGAGGCAUUAAGGCUACCCUUAGAUCUUCGUUCUAAAUUCUUACAAAGCAUCUCCUCUUUUUAUUUAGUGCUGGCGUUGGUCGAACUGGUACGUACAUUGCUAUUGAUGCCAUGUUGGAGGGUGCCGAGAAGAUUAAAACUGUGUUCAUUAGUAAUUAUGUGCAAGUGAUGCGUAGAUCCCGUCCUCAUAUGGUUCAAAAAGACGUAAGUAUCAGAGACCAGAUUUGAUGAAUUAUAUUGCGUAUAGGUAUAUAAAAUGGUUAUUCAUGGGUUAACGACUUUGUGUUUCUUUGUAGGAUCAGUAUGUCUUUUUGCAUCAGGCUGUGGUGGAAGCGUUGACCUGUGGGAAUACAGAGAUUGCUCCUCAGGACUUACGAAUAUCGAUUAACAAACUAUCUAGAGCUGCUUCACCUUCUAAAAACACUGGUUUUGGCGCGGAGUUUAAGGUAAACGGAGACUAUUAUACAUUUCACCUAAACACAAUGAUCUCUCAGUGAAAUCCUGAUCUGAAGACUUGAGUUUUUCAUCAUUUUUACAUGGAGUAACAUUAGCAGCACUUUUACAACGAAAGUGUUACAUGCUAUCGCUUUUAUUCACUCUUGUUGCAUGAUGGAAUUCAAUUUGCAUUUCUUGAGAACUUCUCAUGUAUUGGUUUUUAAGAAAAUGCCUGUUUAUUGAGAGUUGACUGAUAAGGGAGAGGUUCCUUUAUUGGUUAUUUCACAUACGAUGCCAAGAGAAAAUAGUAUCUCUCGACAAUAAUACAGCAGUAAACAUUGUUUGUGUUUUAGCGUCUGCAGUUUGUCACUGACUGUCUGUCUUCUGAAGAAACAACAACAGCCUCUCAACCUUCGAACAUCGACAAGAACAGGUUUCCCAAUAUUCUUCCGUGUAAGUGGUGUCUUGUUUAGCAAUCUUCAUAAUAUUAAAUUUCCUGUAUAACCAUAAUUAAUAUAGUUCUUCAGUCAGGUAUAAAAUUUUUUAAAAAGUGUUGCCCAUUGCAAUCCAAAAGUCACGGUCAGGAGUUGAUAGUGCUUGUUGCUUGGUCUAUUUUCCUCUUUUGAAAAAAAAAAAAAAAAAGAAGGUCGUUUAUCUAUUAAGUAUGGUUGCGGUUUGUUUUUUUAUUCGUCAGUGGAUACUGCUCGAGUCCGCUUGAUGUCCACUCAACCAGACCAAGAUUACAUCAAUGCUUCGUUUGUUGAUGUAAGUAUAUCAGUUAUAUUUCAGUCCAGUCAAUCAGUUUAGAAAACACGUGCCACCCUAUUAACAAAUCAAAUUUAUUCUUUUCUGGUUUGCUGUUGUGAAUAGUCUGAUUUUGGUUCACUAAACUAAAAAGCGCUGUUCCGGACACUUAAUUGAGAGCCAUAGUUUAGCAUUGGAAAUGUUACAUUAAGAUAAAUAGGACAUAUUUGUCGUUUAAUAAGGGCUUUUACAAAAGUUACGAAACAAGUGUACCCUCUAGUUUCCUAGAAAUCUAGAUUCUUGUGGGGUUCGUGCCGUGAUGUACACGUGGAUAGGUUCUAGAACUAAUCCUUCCUUGAUCUUGAUCUCGUUUCGUCCGUUACCAGGACUACAAGGAACGUAACGCUUACAUCCUGACUCAAGCUCCAUUAGGCAACACUAUAGGAGAUUUCUGGCGGAUGAUAUCACAGUAUAACAUUGGUACAGUUGUGAUGUUGAAUAACUUGAAGGAAGGAAAACAGGUAUUUCAUCUAUAAUUCUAACAUAAGAGCAACUUCUUUCAAUAAGCAGUUUAGUAAUCUCUAAAGAUAUCCGAUGAAUCUUCAAGAAUAAUAUUAUAAAAACGAGUACACGUGUUUUGGACUCCGUCUUGCCUUGUUGCUCCAAAAGGAAACUGUAAGCAACGAAAGUUGUUACAGAAAAGGGUAAUUUAGUAUUAUCAACUGGAUUGAUAACGUAAAUUGACCGUAAAGAGUUUCAUUCGCUCUGACGAAGGGCUAACGCUCGAAACGUCAGCUUUGAAACUCUUUACAGAGGCCAAUUUACGUUGUCAACUCAGUUGAUAAAACCAAAUUUCCCUGUUAUAGUCUCCCACCGACGCAGCACCACAGCUUCUUUAAAAACUCCCUAUUUAUUCAUUUGUAACCAAAUAGGGGUGCAGUUAAACACCAGGGAGCGAUUCUUUCUGCAAGAGAAAUUAAGGUUACAAACUACUUCACAUGUCUUCGUUGGUGGAAUGAACGACCUGACAGUUACUGCAUUUCUUUUGUUCUAUCUUUCGUAGAACUACCCACAAUAUUGGCCGGGUCAAGGAUCAGCCAGGCAUGGAGACAUCACUGUACAACUUUUGUCGGAAAAUACCUCAAACAACAUCACCACAAGACGAUUUAGUAUAAUAAAUAAUGAGGUGAGACUCAUCUAGGAGUGUUAUACUGCUUUGAUGAUUUAAGAUUUAGCGUUGGACGAAAGUAUCUCUGUGACUUUAUCCAUUGUCGAUAUACGUAGAAGUCAAGAUCAUGUUCUUGAAAUGAUAAUUUUUUUUGCUAAUAAUGAUUAUGACGAUGAUGAUAAUGACAAUAUAUCUAAAUAGUGAUUCAGAAGUGAUCACACAUAAUUGAGAUAUCGCGAUUUGUAACUUCCAUGAUACGUAAUUGAGCUAUCUUGUUGUGUAACUUCCAUGCUUGGCUUAAAUCAAGUUGAAUUUAUGAUAACAUUUUAGUUAUGAUAAUGACAUUUAUGAUAUUGAUGCAGACGACGGUUCAUGAUAUAUGCAAUAUAGAGUGAUCACUUGUGAAUGAGCUGCAUUUGAAAUAGCUUUAGGACUGUUUCAAGUCACAGCUUUUAAGUACAAUUCAACUUCCUUCUUCAGCCUCCCCAGAAGACAACAACUGUACAGCAUAUCAACUUUACAGGGUGGGUCAACGGAGACUCGUGCCCAGACUCCAAGGAAAUAAUCGACCUAUUGACCGCUGUGCAACAGUCUCAGCAACAAUCAGGAAAUGGCGCCAUAGUUUUCCAGUGCAGGUAAAAGGAAGAUUUUAAGUCUACCACUAUCUGCUAGUGUCUGCAUCAUUGUGCAGAGUACAAAUUGAAACUAUCACUUUACGUCUUUGGAAGGUCACUUGAGAACAGGUGAUGGAUUUUGGAUUGAUUUGGAAGGAACGUAAUGAAACUAUCAUGAGCGACUUUAGUGCGCUAAUUCCUUGAUCUCUUGAUCACAACUGUUCUGGAUUUGGAAUUACAUUUUGAACAUGUUAAUUAGUGUAAAAGUCUUGCUCAUUUUCAUUUCGUCCAGGGUGCAGAGUAAGUAUCCAUGAUGGAGACGUCAUUGUAUCUGAUUAAAGUUGUUUUCAUCGAGCGGGGUUCAAUUUUCAAUUUCCAUGUAAAAUUCUUCUUAUAUUUGAUAAUAACGCAAUGGUAAUGUUACUACUUUUGUAGUGAUGGUAUUGGUCGCAGCGGCUGUGUAGCUUCCAUAAUGUCAGUGAUCGAACGAGUCAAGAUUGAACAAACAGUUGAUGUUUUCCAAACCAUUAAACUGAUUCGGGCUAAAAGGCCUGGUGCUGUGAACACUCUGGUAAGAUAAGCACCAUUUUUAUUCACAUUUUAUCUUUAUAAAGGGACGAUAUAAGGGCAAAAUCUUACUUGUUGGCCUGGGUGUAACUUAUUUUUAUUACUACGUUGUAGACCAGUUGAAUCACUGUCUACAUUUUUUUGGCUUUCGUUUGUAAUCGUGGGAACGGGUACAAUUUUAACCACAAAGUUUUUGUUACGUUGAUCAACAUACAAGAAUCAAGAAAUUUGGCAAAAUAUGAGAUGUUAUUUUUUAUACAUAAAUACUAUGCACAAUGAACUCUCUCUUUCUAUCUCUCUUUCUCUCUCUUGAAAACAUCGUCCCUAGAACGUCCGUUCCCUGGACUUAAUUUUAAGCGCGUGCUGUAUUUUCAUCGUGAAUUAUAAAGAAUUGUAAAGAAAUUUUUAGUGAAUUCGUUUGUGGAUGAUAUCAUGUAUGGAGAGUAUGAAUGUCUAUGAAACAGUAUUUUCAUUACGGACGUAAACUGCACUGGACCUUCAACUUUUAAAUUUUGUACUCUAUGAACAGCGUUUCCCAAUCACGUAUUCUAUUUUAUUUCUUUUUAUUAAUUUUUAUUUUUCAGGAUCGUUAUGUUUUCUGUUACAAGACAAUUUUAGCCUACCUGGAUUCUUUUAACGCCUACUCAAACUUUGCAGAUUGUUGAAGCGUCAACUUGAAAUAGUUGUUAGUAGUAAAUUGCUGCUCGAUACAAAUGAUAGUUACAAUUUACAUAGCGCUUCUUGCAAUCCCCUAAGUGCUUCAUAAUAUGAAAGAGAUAAAUAUUUAACCUACUUUCUACAAUAUAGCAUAUUUCAUAGAUCUCUACAGUUAAACUUAAAAAAAGAAAAACUCUAGAAAAUUGCAAAAAAUUGCGAAAGUUUUAAGUUUACAAAAAGCUAUCCUAUGUAAAGGAGUUUUCAGGUUCUAUUUAACCCUUUAACUCCCAUGAGUGACCAAGACAGAAUUUCUCCUUACAAUAUCAGUACAAUAUCAGUACAAUAUCAGUACAAUAUCAGUACAAUAUCAGUACAAUAUCAGUACAAUAUCAGUACAAUAUUAGGCUGACAAGUGAUGAGAAUAAAGAAAAAUACCAAACAGGGGAUUAUAAGUUGAUCCAAUACCAAAUUCUCCAAAGCAACAUCACAAGAACUGUAUAGCAGACAGUAAGGAGAGUUAGUAAUGAGAUCUUGGGAGCUAAAGGGUUAGGGAGGGUCUCAAUGGGGUUAACUAUUAGCCGUAAGCGGUAUUUAAUGUUAACCAUAAAAAAUUUUUGCUGUCUGCAAUGUGUCAUUUUAUUUCAUUUUGUGUUAACCAUCGCCGUAAAAUGGCUCAACUUUUUAAGCGUUAGACGUAAAAGCCAUCACCCCAAUGAGGCCCAUUCAAAUUCAUUCAAGGAUCGUAAAGCAGUAGUGGUCCUUAUUGUGCGGCGGCAUCGCUACGAUGGUUAAAUGGUCAGUAAAAGCAGUAGUUAGUUACUUAGUUCGUCAGUCUGAGUGAAUCGGUCAGUUGAGCGGUCUGUGAGUGUGUUGGUUGGUCGAACUGUCGGUCGGUCUGCAAGGUAGUCAGUUAGCAAGUCCGUCAUGGUGAGCCGGUCGGACUAUUGAAUGGGUUAGUUACUUAGUUCAGUGGUCAGUCUGAAUGAAUCGGUUAGUUGAGCAGUCUGUUAGUCAUCAGUUAAUCGGAUGUACAAUCAACUUGUUUGUCAGUCAGUUAUCUUGCACAGCAGUUGAGGAUAAAUUUAUUAAGUUUGAAUUCCUUUCUUAUCAAAAAGAACUGAAACAUUUCUUGUAACCCAAAAUUGCAAAAUGAACAUCGAAGUAAGUCAGAAAGUGCGAACUCAGCUCAAGAAUUGCUGGCAAAUAACCAAGCGUUCUGAAAAUUUUGAUCUCUUUUGUACGUUGUUAAAAAGAUAAUAUUUUUUUAUAAUGUUUUUCAAUUCAAUGCAGACGUAUAGUUACAUAGUCAAACUACUUGUAUACUUAACACACAAAUUAUAGAUUUUUUUAGAAAAAAAACAAAGAAAAGCUAGUUGUGUGUGUUGCUGGUUAUAUGUUACAUAUUUAGGUUAAACUGUGGACAAAAUUCAAGUCAAAUUUUACUCUAGGUUACAUUUUUUUCUUAAGGAAAAAUUAUCUAUGAAACUAUUUGAGGAGAUAGAUAUUUAUAACACAGAUAGAGUCCACGAGAAGAUACGACAAAAGCUCGUUAUGUUUAACAGUAAUUGAUGAAUGGAAAAGCAUGUCUAAAAGUAUAUUUUAUAAAAAAGCUAUUACAUAAACAGCUUAAUAUCUACAGUAUUACUUUAGGGCCAACCGAAGCUAACGAAUGGAUAUUGGAAGGUAAAUCUGUAUGCCCUGAAUUAGCAGGAUCGUAGAGGAAUUAUAUAAAUUAGUGCUUAUUUAAUGUAAUUUUUUUUAAUUAAAGAGAUUUGGUUCCGAACCCGUGACUUGAUCCGUCAUAUUUAGGUUUUCUCAAGGUCUCCUCUCCUUGUUGAGGGUAACGGGUUUUAAAGUAAUAUCUUCAUCUUUUUUCAUACCUUUGAAUAGCCUAACAUUCGACCUUUGUUCCUUAAUCUAUUCUUUUAUUAACAAUCUAAUCUUGACUUUGUUUCUCGGAGCAUAAUAAAGCAGAAACC